CCCCAGUGGGCAUGUCAUGUGAAUUGGCACAUGCUGAAGAAGACAAGUAGUUUGGCAGCGGAGAGGCUCAGAGAAAGACAAGGGGAUUUUAUGAAGAGUCUGAGAGCCGGAUUCUAGAGCACAGAGAUAUCUGGAGAUUCUGUAACUUUUACAGUACAUGAUAAUAAGGAUCUUACAGUUUUUCCACCCAAUUUGCUAAUGCUGUACAAUUAACUGAUGCUAUACCUGCACCCAUUAAACAUUUGGCUCUAAGACAGAUCACAAGGCUGCUCAGCCAAGAAUCUUCCCCCUAUUCACUAAAGUCGCUGGCGAUAAGAAGAUUAAGAGGGCUGGCUGCUGCAGUGUGGCUGAUUUUCAUGAGAAAUUGGAGAAUUCCAACUGCUUUCCACAACUUGACAACUUGGAACGUUGAGGGAGAACAUACUUGAUACAUCGAGAUCACCACUCAGACUGAGGAGGGCCUGUACCACCCAAUUAGUAAUCUCCUAAUACCCUAUUCAUGUAUGAAACAUCUCCUGCUUAAUAUCACCAUGAGAGGUAAGACAGGACCAGAUCCUGAUAUGUCUAAACAAAAAAUACUCUAUGCUAGCAAAAAUUUUUAUUUGAUAUUGAUGGGUACAGUGUAUAUGUAUUUGGGAAUUAUGUUUCAAUCAUGGGUUUUUGUUGUUGUUUAACUGAUAGGGGUUAAUGUGCUAUGGGCAAAAAACAGAGCCUUGUUGUUAGGGAGGAGUUUGGGCACUGCCAACCUGUUUAACCAAGCUGACUGAUCUUUGCUUGCAUUAAUAUAUUUUAUAUGAGAUCAGGGACAAGUUUGUCAACUUUCAGUUGGCAGGGGAGGUCACCCUUAAUGCCCACUAACCCAAAAGCACACAUUUUUUGUUGUUGUUGCCAGAACAUAUUUUUAAAUUAGAGCCAUUCUACUAUUUACCAACCCCCCCCCCCCCCCAUCCAGGAGCAAUGUCACCUAAUGUCAGUGAUAAAUACAACUGAUUACUUGUUUAUUAAUUCAGGCUAGUAACUCAGAAUAUGUUCUUACUGCCUGGGUGGGACAGAACAUGUAUGAUGAGGGUGGUAGACCUACUGCAAUUCAUCCCUUUUAAUUAUGUUGUGUAUUGUCCAAAGAUACAAUUUAGUUUUCUGAUCAUGCAGUACUUUACAUAAACUGCUACACAUUUACAUUUACCUAACUGUAAAAGGCAAAUUACAUUAACAAAUUUUAAUCCAAUCAUUGCCUAAUCUUCAGGGUUUAGUGUUCCCUAAAUUCCAAAAAAUUCUUUUAAAAACAUCUGCAAUAUCAACCCUUGUUGUAAUAUUAUUAAAACAUAAAAUAAGCUUUAGGUGGUAAAAGAUUUUCAUCCGAGAUGUCAAGCUUUUACGUAGACGGGUGAAUGUCCAAUAUAUAAAGUAAUAUUUAUGAGGAAUUGCUGUAGAUUUAUGUAAUAGCUUUCUAGUAAUAAUGGUAAAGUUAAAUUUUGAUUUUUCUCGACUACUUAUUUUGUUCUUUAGAUGAAUUAGAUGUUUUUUUAAAUUUUCAAUUUUUUUUUUGCUUUAUGCUGUAAUUAAUAUAAUAAGAAAUGUAAUUUUUUUUAAAAAUGGUUUAUCCUUUUCCUUUAUAUUUGAAUAUAUGACAUAUCACAGAAUUUUAUUUAUAUGUUCCCUGGCAAAGCACUCUCUUCUCAUAUAUUAUUUUGCGUGUACGUCCUCAAUGCAAAAAAUGGAACUAAAAUGGUCCGCCGUCUUUUUUGUGAAAUGGCUUCUCUGUAAUUGUUUGACGUUCUAUUCCUUUAGCUUGUGUGAUCCAAGAUCUGUCCUUUUCUGAAAAAUAUGACUUCCAGCUUUGAUUGAGACCAACCCAAAAUGUAUGACCCUGUUGAGAUGAGCACUGUGUGUGCGUAGACUUUUCCUGGCCCUUUGUUUUGCAAGUGGCGCAGGCCGAUUCCCUGCUGGGUAUUUGACAAUGUCCCAGUGACCCAGAUCUGUGAGGGUGGAGUUGGCAGUAGGGAAGAUUCAUCUCCCUGAAUCUCUUCCUGUAUCUUCACUCAAGUACACCCAGCAAUAAAUAAAAUGGUACGAGCCUUGCCGCACAACACCAACGACCAACUAUUGACAAAACCACAAAAAAAGCAAAACAACUAAAUAAAAACAUAUUUACAUAGAUAACCAUUUUUUAAAUGUGUGUGUGUGUGUAUACACAUUCUUACGUGUAUAUAUGUAUAUAUCAAAUGAUCGACCUAAAAUUAUAAAGGGGCAAAGGUCAUCUGUGCAGUGAUUUUCGGUAAUGAAAGGCAGUCAUUUACAGAUGACCGCCAUGAAGUUUGUAAGCCUCUAAUCACACGCAAAAUCAGCUGAAAUAGCUGAUACUUUGUGUAUAUAGUGUAGCAUCUAUUUUGUGUAAUUGUCCCAGUGUUGUCUUAAGAUUGAAGGUGUAAGAUAUAUUACAUUAAAGCACUUAUUAGAGGAAAAUAAUGGCCUCUUGGCCCAGGAUGGAUGGAUAGAUAGAUAAACAGACAUACAGACAGAUAGAUAUACAGACAGACAGACAAUAAUUCCAAGAUUAGUAGCACUGAAAACAAAAAUAGAUCACUGGUUGCCUCGCUACAUUGGCUGUAUAUAUAUAUAUAUAAAUAUUUGAGAAGAUGAGGCACUCACUGAACUUCAAAGGUAAAAUUUAAAACUUAAAGUUGUUUUCGUUUAGCCAUUGUAAAGCAGAUUUAACAUAAACCUGUAAUAAAAAAUGUCACUUGCCUGAAAUUGCUCCCGUAGAUAUUGAAUACACCAUAUGUUAUAAAGAUACAUGGUGUAUUCAGUGCAAAAUAUAAAGUUUUACUCAAUUUUCCUCCGAUCUACCUUUGGUUCGUGGGUGUUACUAUUCGCGUAACACCAACCGCCAAGACAUUCUCAGCUCCUCCAGCAGUCUUCUUUGAUUUGCACUGCGUGCGAUGCAUCCCCAAGCAGGGCAAAUCUGGUCAGUAGCGGUUGCUAUGUGAGGCGAGCAGGGGGACCACUAGAGGCAAUCUUAACACUACAGUAAAAAAACAUUAGGAAUAGAAAUAUCUAUUCCUAAUGCUAUAUUGUUUCCUUACCUGUUUAGGUGCCCCUGCCUAAAGUAAGAUUUACUUACCGUACAUCACGCAUCACGCUGCUCUCCCCAUUAAUGCUCCACCUCCCUGGCUGAGAUCAUCACUCUAAAUGAUCUCAGCCAAUCCAAUGCUUCGCCAAAGAUAAGACGCUACACCAAUCUCUAGAAGAGUCAUUUUGAUCUAUAACUGAGUCUAACUCAGUUAUAGCUGCAGAAGCAUUUUACCCAUGCAAUGAAAACAUUGUUGUCCCUGAAAAUGCCAAUGUUUUCAGUUUCAUGUUUAAAAAGAGGCAUAGCAGCCCCCCCUCCCCACCAUUGUAAGUAGUCAAUCCAUGCGCUGUAGUGGUUAUGGUAUUUGGAGUGUAUGGAAUAAGUUAAAGGGACACUAUAGGCACCCAUACUUCAGCUCAUUGAAAUGAUCUGGGUGCAGGGUCCCAGGUUCCUUAACCCUGAAAAGGUAAUUAUUGCAGUUUUUAAGAAACUACAAUAAUUACCUUUCAGGGUUAACUUCACCUCUAGAAGCUGUCUGACGCUGGACAUCCUCACGCUAUGCAUGGGGACGUCCAGCGUCACCCAAAACCCCAUAGGAAAGCAUUGUAUAAUGCUUUCCUAUGGGGAAAUCCUAAUGCGAUCUAUAGUUUCCCUUUAAAGGGACUCUCCAGUGCCAGGAAAACAAUUAGAGCUCUCCAGAGGAAAGCAUUGAAAAUGCUUUUCAAUGCUUUCCUUUGGGGAAUUGAGCGACGCUGGAGGUCCUCACACAGCGUGAGGACGUCCAGCGACGCUCUAGCACAGAAAACCUCUGCUAUGAAGCAGGAAGUGCCCUCUAGUGGCUGUCUAGUAGGCUGUCUCUCUCCCACCCCCCAUCCCAAGUUGUUGAAGGGGUUAAAACCCCUUCCGUGACUUACCUGAAUACAGCGCCGAUGUCCCUGCAAUGGCCGCGCACGUGCAUUAGACCUCCCCAUAGGAAAGCAUUAUUCAAUGCUUUCCUAUGGGGAUUUUGGCGACGCUGGAGGUCCUCACAUAGCGUGAGGACGUCCAGCGUCGUAUAACACACUUUACGUGUUCUAAGAACACAGAAGUCCCUCUAGCGGCUGUCUGAUAAACAGCCACAAGAGGAGGACUUAACCCUGCAAGGUAAUUAUUGCCGUUUAUGAAAACUGCAAUAAUUACAGUUGCAGGGUUAAGGGUAGUGGGAGUUUGCACCCAGACCACUCCAAUGGGCAGAAGUGGUCUGGGUGCCUGGAGUGUCCCUUUAAUUAUUAGUGAUAGUAUAGUAUAGAUGAUAAAGGAACACUGUAGUGUUAGGAAUACAAGCCUGUAUUACUAAUGCCAUAGUGUUUUUGUCCCUAAUUAGAUUCAGGUUUUUACUUACCUUUUUUCUGCCUUGAGACCCCCUUGGCGCAGCUGCUUGAUCCACCUUCCUCGACGUCAUCCGGGAGGCGUUGCUUCCUUGUCGUUGGUCCAAUUCAAUGCUCCUCAUAAAUUUGUGCAUCCAAUCAAAUAUUUCUCAUAGGAUAGCAUCGAAGUGAGUGUCAUCGUUUGAAAAAAUCAUUAUGCAUGUUUGAAAGCUGCAUUCUUCUAUACUCUUAUGUAAUGUCGACUUUAAAGUCCCACGUGUGCAAUUAUUACUUUGUCUAUUGCAUUUUGAUGUUUAAAUAGUUUAAAUAGUUUUAAUGUUUAAGUUUAAAUAACUAGAAAAGACAUUGGAUAAAUUUUAGUAUGGUGAAUAUAUUUCUAAUUUAUCGCAACCGGUAAUUAUAAUAAUUAUCUCAGUAAGGAACAUAUGAAUCAUAUUACAUUGUUCUGUUUAAUUAUAUAAUGUGAUCUUUGGUAACAAUGCAUUUAUUAACAACAGUGCUAUAUUCUAUUGGUUUUUUUUUUAACUUUAGAUACAUACGCAUUCUUAUUAUUUCUUCUACAUAAAAUGUAUUUCUUCAGAAUGCUCUCUCAUACACCCACUAAGGUAGCCAAUUAGUUUGAAUUUGUUUGACAUUCACUGUGUUUCGGUUCAUUCAUUGCUUUGAACAGGAAGACUACCAUGGACCUCUCUGAAAAGUUGGUGAGUGAUUUCAGCUAGUUAGGGUUUAAUAGAACCCUUCAAUCACCUAAAGCACUUUAGCUGAUGUGAAAAGUGUUUCCUCUUUUUUCAUUUUACAAAAAGUGCAGUUUUCAAUAGAAAUUGGCACUUUUAUAAAUUAACAUUGUUACAUCCUCCUGGCUGUCAAUCAGACUACAGGUCUGGUUACUUCCUGGUUGGUUAUCUCAGUGUAGCAAAACCUAAAAGGCAGGCAAUUGCCCAGAGCAUCUGCCUUACAAAGACUUGUCAUUGAGCUCCAUUGGGAAGUCUGCGAUUUGACAGACACAGAAAGUCUGGGGUGGGUUAGAAGGGAAGGGCUUGCAAAGGCAGCAGAGAAGAAAUGAGAAGAGAUGUUUUUAUUGGGGUUAUAUCUACUAAAUAGUGUUUUGUUUUAUAUUUUAUAUGUAUAUUUGGGAAGUGGAGUGUCCUUUUAAUUUACCAAGCUCUGGUUCCAUGGAUCCUAACAUUACCGCUUUCACACAAAUUGGUAAUUAAACAUAGAGACCUGAGUGUUUCAGUUUAUUGCUAUCAGUCAAACAUGUUGUUAUCGUCUAUAUGCAAUGUAUAUAGCAACAUGUACUUUACUAGUGCUAUACACAUAAAUGAUAACACAUAACAUGUAAAGUUUAAAUUUUACACUAGAUUUAACACAGAAGGAAAUGCCUUUUGGAGCGGUUUAUACUCAAUCUGGAAAGUAUGAAGAAUUGGCAGGGAAUUGCAAAUGUUAGGUUAAAAAAAGUAAUUCCGGACAAUUAAGUUAAAUAACAUAUCCAGUUUGCCUUUUUAGGCCUAAGAAAUGUAAUUUCAUUUGUCUGAUCUCAACAAAUCCCAGUUUAAUAAAUAUAUAUUGUCUCGAUUUUUUUUCCUCCUAAAACUGGCUGCUUCAGUGGCGUCGCUAGGGUGUUUGAGGGGGGGCAAGAGGGAGCCAUGCAUUGCCCCCCCUCUUGUGCCCCCCCAAUUAAAAUUGGAACGGGAGCACUGUGUCUCUCUUCACAAGCUGCAGCAGCAGUGCUGUCAGUUCCCACUUGCCUGAUGGGCCCUCCGGACUGUCGGCAGUGUACAGAGGUGGGUGGUCCGUCAGGGCCCCUACCUCCAUCGUUCUUUGAAGGAUUGAAUCAUAGAUGGAAUUCCCACUUACGGCCAGAGGGGGCACUGUGCUGGUCAGUCUGUGUGUGUGUGGGGGGGUCACUCUGUGUGUGUAUGGGUCAGUCUGUGUGUGUGUGUGGUUCAGUCUGUCUGUGGGGGGUCGGUCUGUGUGUGUGGGGAUCAGUCUGUGUGUGUAUGGGUCAAUCUUUGUGGCGGGGAUCAGUCUGUGUGUGUAUGGGUUAGUGUGUGUGUGUAUAAGUCAGUUUGUGUGUGUGUGUGUGUGUAUGGGUCAGUCUGUGGGGGGGCAGCAGUCUGUGUGUGUAUGGGUCAGUUUGUGUUAGUUAUUAAAGUAAAAAUUAUAAAGCCCUUUCCUAUCCCACUCUUUACACCCCCAGAACACAGUAUACCAUUACAGACAGUGAACUCCCCACAUACAGUACACUCCCACCCAAACAAGGUACACCUUUGCAUACACACACAGUGCACCCCUCACACACUUCAUACCACACAUCAUCUCUUCCCUCACAUACACACUUCAUCCCCACAUGCAUUCACUCCCACACACGCAUACAUACAUACAUACAUACAUACUUCACCCCAUUACACACCAAAUCUCAUAUAUGUUUAUAUAUAUAUAUAUAUAUAUAUAUAUAUAUAUAUAUAUAUAUAUGACACAUACACACACACACACUGACAGAUACACACAUUUUCUCACACACUCACAAAUAGUUAUUUUUAUUUUUAUUUAAAUCCACACAGCCUCCCUACCUUUGCUGAGAGCUGAGUGGAUCUUUCCCUGGCGUCCAGUGGGUCUCCUCUCUGAUCUUCCUGCAGUUUCUCUCUGCUCCCCUGCACGCUCUAUUUAGUGAUGCUGGGGCCGGAGUGACGUCAUUGCACUAAACAUCGUGCGAGGGAGCAGAGAGGAACUGCAGGAAGGUUACUGCUCCCUUGCGCACCACCUCCAUGCUCGUCGUGGCGGCCAGCUUCAAUGUUUCCUUUGCAAAGGGCUGACAAAUCCCAGGCGCCAGGGUGAAAUUUCUAUUUGCCAUGGUGACCCGGUGUCUGGGAUUUGUCGAGCCCUGUGUAUGUGUGUAUAUGUAUGUGUAUAUAUAUUUAUUUAUAUAUGUGUGUGUGUAUAUAUAUAUAUAUAUAUAUAUAUAUAUAUAUGUACAUGUAUGUAUGUAUGUACACACAAACAUAUAUAUACACGAUUUAGAACAACCCCCCUACUUUUAUCACUGGCACCUCAUGUGUCCCCAAAUAUAUGAAUCCUGGAGCCACUGAGCUUCACUGCUGUCUCUAGUCAUACAAUAUAUAAUAUAGAUACAAAAACACCUGUGUGCAGGUAGAAAACACACUUAGUGGGUAAUAAAUGUAAGAAUACAAAAAAUUACCCUUAGUCAAAAGUGAAGUAGAUGAAAGGACUCCUCUUAUGUCCUUAGAACAAUAUUGAUAUACUACCAGAAGGCAAUCUACAACACAAAAUAAUAGAAACGGACAUAGAAUAGUAACGUAGUGUAUUGGGAAUUUGUAGAAAUAAAUGAUUACACUCACAGACCCAAUUUGAUUGCAGGCAUAUCAUAAAUAACGAUGUAUGGACUUCUCGAUUUGUGGAACGUCAAUCCCAUGUAUAAGAGGAAGAAUAGAAAAUAAUAAUAGUGCAGAGUAUCUUAAAUAAAAUUAGCAAAAUUUAUUACAAGGUACACUUACAAGAAAGAUGUAUCAAAAAGGCACAUCAAACUCAGCUGAAGCUGCAAACCAGUCUCAGGAUCAGAAGAGCAGAAUAACCAAAUAAGAUAAAAUACAUUUAAACAUCUAUAAAAACAAAUACUCCGCAUAUAAGAAACAAGCCCUACGCGUUUCGUUCAUAAAAUGAACUUCAUCAGGGGCAUCCAGUCCUCUGUAAACAAAAAUACAUAAAACACUCGUCUUUUAUAACUACAAUCAAAUUUGCCGCGAAGAAAAUCAGCUGUGCGUGUUACUUCCGGGUUUCGGCUUCGGUGUAUUUCCGGAUACGCCCCUAUUGCGUUCCGGAACUUCUGUCCAAGCCUCACUUUGAAGUUCAUCUAAUUGAACGGAAGUCCAGACGAAUGUGCGUUCCAUUUUGCGUUCCAUUCUCGGGGUUAGACACAUACAUCCCCAGAGCACAUCGUAAUAUAUAAAAAAAACGAAAUAAACAUAUGUGUAAUCAUAUAUACAAAUAUAUAGAGAAGGGGGGAGUAUCACCUAAUUUCGAAAAAGGGGAAUAAUACAUACUAAUAAUAGAAAAUAAAAAAUAAAUAAUAAAUAAAAAAAAUAAAAAUAACAAAAAUAAUCAAAUAAAAUUAAAAAUAAAAAUAAAUAAAUAUCAAAAUAAGAAUAAAAAUAAAAAUAAAAAUAAAAUUAAAAAAUAAAAAUAAAAUUAAAAAUACAAAUAAAAAUAAAAAUAAAUGAAAUAAAGAUAAAAAUAAAAAUAAAAAUAAAAUUAAAAAUAAAUAAUAAUAAAAAGAAAAUCAUAAAAAACAAACCAAAUCAAAAUCAACAUUUAGACCCCUCGGUUUCAUAGUUUGCAAUGUAUGAAUCCAAUGUCUCUAGUCAUAUACUGAGCUGGUGUCUUUACUUUGGGGGCUAAUACUCUUUGGGGAUGUGGAUCUCGCAGUAGACUAUUGGCUUGUGCAAUGGGAAGGUUGAAGAGAUCAAAUUAUUCCCACUGUGUAAUACACUGUAAGGGAAAUUUCCUACCUUCUCUGUGAGCAAAUCCGAGUGAAUGGCUAUGAAAUUAUAUCAUAAAAUCCCAUUGCUCUGAUUAAACAAAGGGUACAAUAAAGUUGUCACUGCUUGCCAGAGAAGGCUGAGACAGCUUGCUCACAACACUAGACACCACAAAUAAAGUCUCUCUUCCAUGCUAGUAAGAAGAAAGAGAGGCUUAAAGGAUCACUAUAGUGUCAGGAAAACAAGCUUGUUUUCCUGACACUAUAUCAUCCUUAGGACCUCCUCGCCCUCAGGGUCCCCCUCCCUUGACGCUGAAUGGGUUAAAACCCCUUCAGUUACGUACCUUAAUCCAGCGCCUGGGUCACUCGGCACUGGUGACCUCUCCUCCCCCUCUGACGUCAGCUCCCGAGUGGAGCGGAAUGCGCAUGCGUGGCAAGAGCCGCGCACGCAUUCAAACAGUCCAUAGGAAAGCAUUUCUCAAUGCUUUCCUAUAGACGUUCUGCAUGCUGGAUGCAAAAAAUGCAGAAACUCCUCUAGCGGCUGUCAGGAACACAGCCACUAGAGAUUGGAUUAACCCUGCAAUGUAACAGGACGACUGUAUAAUAAAUCUAAAAUAUGGUACUGCCUAAUUAGCCGGACAUCUAGUAUCAAUGCAGUAAUAUAUAUCCUAAGUACUUGCCAUUGUCCUAGUGUAUAAGCAAGUGUUCUCUUUUCACAUAUACACAUUUGAAUUCAACUUGAUACUUCUUCACUCACAAAUACACAUUCUAUAUCACUGACACUAUAUAUGCCAAUAUGACAAUAUAUGCCGUCAAUUGUGUUGCAUCGAACCCACAAAUGCACACAUGCAUCCGGAAUCUCGAAAUUUUAUCAAAAAUAUCUGAUAUACAAAAGAAUAUUCCAACUCAACUAAAGUUGUAGCUUUACAAAAAAUUUUCACUUUACGUUUUUUUUCAAUUCGGAUUUUAAAUUGGUCCAGUUAUUAGUUUAGUGAAUACCUGUUAAUAUUUUGUGCCAGGCCUUAUUUCGUAGAUCUAGAUUGCGCUGAUUAGUUUUCUUGUAUUGGUAUAUCUAUGCACCCAAACUCUGAACUCUAUGUGAAGAGAAAAUAUGUUUAAAGGGUUACUCCGCACACUGAUUUGAAGUGGCCAUGGUGCUUGGAGUCAGUAUAUGCAACAUUUCAAACACUGCUCAUACAGAGAUAUAACACAGUGCUGUCGGAGGUGAACUUCUCCUUUCAUUUGUUUGCAUUGAAUUCUGUACAUAUUUAGCAUCUGCUGUCAGCUUGCAUAACAUGCUGGUGACAGACAGCCAUUGCAUGAUACCCCCCAACAUUGCCUUGAAGCUAGAUACUAGUAUGUGUAGUAAAUUAGGGUGGGACAACGACACAGAUCCAUUAAGUUGUCAAGUCAGCCUGGCGUAAAUGCUACCAGACCUUGACAAUCAAGCAGCCCGACCCACCAAGGGCCAACCAUGCAGGGAACGCUGGUAGAGUGCUCUCUGCAUCGGACUCUAGCAUGAGCUUAUCAGUAGACUACGCUUUUUGGGGACCGUUCCAAUUUGUCCCAAAAAGCUGGAGAGACUGUGAGACAAAACCCUGAAAUAUGGACUGUCCAAUGAAAUCCAGGCUGUUGGGAAGCUCACCCCACUCUCUGUGCCGCCCAAAUCCUCUCUUCACCCUGUCCUCACCCACUUCCCUACUGCAGUUUAGGAAUCCUGAUCUACAGCAUUAAUGAGUCUAUAAUUUGCAUAUGCGUGUCUGUCUAUGUAUUAAUUAUUAUGCCCGACUUACAGAACUUAUAUUAUCUCAUGUGCUUUUAUUAAGAGAUAAAUGCCUCUGCGAUAUUACAUGCAUAUGCAUUUUAGAAAAUUAUAUCUUGCAUUCCUCUAUAAUUAUUGAGUUUUGAGAUUUAUUUAGAUAUUGUGAUGCAAUCAGAAUACCGGCACAACGUGUACGUAUGUAUAUUUAAAAGGGCGUAUUCACAUACUGAUUUUUUAAAUAUACUCGUUCAUAUUGACAGCUGUUUUAAACAAACCAAAAUGAAAGGCCCUAUUUAUUGCAUGAGCACAACGAAAACUCUGGCUUACAUGGUCAAUCUGUGAGUACAGUUUCGUGGGAUAAAUAUUUCAAGAUCACCUAAUGUCGUCUAAAUGUUGUAGUUUGCUUUACAACGAACUAUCAUUCGGCGUUUAGAGAACUGACAUCACUGCUCCUCAUCGAAUGUCUAUAUGACUGCGAUUUGUUUUUUAUUGCAAAAUUGUUUCCCAUGACGUUAAAUUCUACACCACAGAGUGUACAUGUGUAAUAUGAAACAUAGGGUUUGUUCCUUAAAUUGUAUUUCUUAUAAAUGAUAAAAUGACUUGUUUAACCUCACAUAAUAUUUCAGAUUGUGCAUAGACACAAUUUUCCUGCACUGCCAUAAUACAGCAUUCACUACCGCAAAUAUAUCUCAGAACUAAUGUUAGAGACACUCUGAACACCUAAAGCACUUGUGUCCUCCUUUUUUCAUUUUACAAAAAUUAUUUCUAUAACAAUUGGCACUUUCAUAAAUUAACCUGGUUACACCCCUGGCUUUCAUGCAGACAACAGGUUUUGUUACUUCCUAAUUGUUUAAACUCAAGAGGCAGCAAUUCCUUUGAACACGUGCCUUGCAAAGACUCCUCAUUGAGAUGCAUUGGGAAGUCUGUGAUUGGACAGUCACAGAAAGUCUGGGCGGGGUUACAAGGGGAGGGAUAUAUCUACUAAACAGUGAUUUUUAUUUAUUUUAUUGUAUUUGGACAGUGGAGUGUCCCUUUAACAAGCAAAAACUUAGACCCGGUGUAUUUUGAACAUGUAAUCUAACUAUACAUAAUUGAUAGCAUUUAACAGAUGUAACAACACAACCGACAAGACAGAAUAGGAUCACAUCCUACCGGGGUUGAGGCAGCUCUAAAUAUACAUGGGAGAGACCUUAGGCCCAAAACAUAGGCAAAUGCGUGAAACCAGUCCAGUGGAAAGGUGACAAACUGCAUAACACCUACGGAAAUGGGAAGUGGUCACGUGGGAAUCUACAUAUCGAGGCCUCAGGCUAAAACAACUAGAGAGAUAUACAAGCCACCUAUGGGAACCUUACGAGAACGCAUGCCACACAAACGUAAUGCUCACGAUCUUGCUUUGUCGGUGACCUGCGUGUCCCACCUGUUAUACCUUACUGUUAUGUGUUUCUACUGUCAAAAUCUUCAAUAAAAACAGAUUUACAAAAAAAAAAAAAAACAGAUGUAACAAACAGUGACGCUGGGUCACUACUCCCUUGACAAUGCUAAUGUGCAAUCAAUGCUUUCCUAUGGGAAAAUGGCUGACACUGGAUGUCUUUAUGCAGGGCGUGAAGACGUCCAGCGUCAGUUGCUGGAACAGACAUCCGUUAACAGCCAGGAAGCGCCUCCAGUAGCUGUCGGGUAGACAGUUUCUCUGGAACUGCAAUGUUUUAAAUUGCAGCACUAAGUGCAAUAGGGACACUGCACCCAGACCACUUCAAUGAGCUGAAGUAGUCUGGGUGCCUAUAGUGUCCCUUUAAACAUUUUUACAAAUUUAUAGUGUCUUGCAGAAUGUUUCAGUGGAUUCUUAAAGCUAUUACUCUAUUUAAUUAGUAGUAUACCUAAGUAUUGAGAUGAUCCAGAGACCCUUGAAUACUAGCCCUUAUGAAAAAUGUCCCCAGCAAUUUCCUCUGGAAAUUAAAAAAUAUGGAUCUGGCUAAAACCGUGAGAAUUAUGUAUAAAUUUGGUUCCUGCAAGCUUGCAGUGGCCCUGGUCUAAUGGUUGCUUUUGAUUUUUACCUGAGUGUGCAUAUCUCUCCAUCUAUCCCUUUUGUUAUUCACUGCAGUAAGAAUUCAUAGUGACUGUCAAAUUUAAAGGGACUUUAUAUGUACCAAAGCAACUUUAGAUUGAUGAAGCAGUCUCAGCGUAUAGAUCAUGUCGUUUCUGUGUCACUGCUUAAUUCUCUCCAGGUCGGCUAAUUUUAUCUUAUUUUUUAAAUUGAUUAUGAAUUCUCAUUUUAUGUAUGUAUGUCUUUAUCAACAAUUCUAUCUCCCUCCAUCUACCUCUUGUCUUUGCAUCUACUUACAUGUCUCUCCUCCGCUGCAUAUCUCCAAACCCCCAAAGUGUCUGUUUUCAUCUUCAUUGUAUCCACCUCCAAAUGUCUCUCUCAAUUUACUGUAUCCUCAAUGUUCCCUCAUCAAACCUUAAUGUUGUCUGUCUUCAUCUGCACCAAACAUUUCUCCCAGAAGACCUGUUUUCAUUACGUGGUGGAUACCUUUUGACCCAAUACAUUUUUCAUUACUAGGUGAAACCGUGUCCCUAAAUGGUAUGUAAAGUAACUUCCAACCUUUCAUAUAAUCGAUUUUUAUGGUGAUUUAUGCAUACCUCCCAAGUGUCACUAUUUAGGAGCAAUAAUCCCUAUUUUGGGCCCAGGUCCCUCUGUCCUUCUUUCUUGUCUUAAUGUCCAUCUUUUCUUGGAGCUCUAUAUUGUUGGUGUGUCUGAGUGUAACAGAUCUCCACUUCAAUAAUACUCACAGGAAUGUCUCACUAGGACUAAGACAGCCUCUAGUGCCUGUCUACCAGACACCCACAGCAUGGUGGUCGAGGCCAUAUGGUUGGUAUUACACAUCAUGUACUAUUUUAUUUACUUUACACAUAUAUUUAAUGUAUAGAUUAGUUAGAUAUUUUACAAAUAAAGUACUCUCUGCACAUUUGGUUCCAGGACUGGCUGGCAGUUAGAAAGGAGAAAUGGAAUGGGGAAAUAAUGUUUAUUAAAAAGAUGGAAGGGUUUUUUUUCUUGUUUUUUUUUUUUUAUACUUAUAAUAUUUUUAAAUCUGACAAAACAGAACAAUAUUGAUAAAGGAACAUGCCACACCUAAAUCACUUUAUCUGGAACAUGUCACAUUUGUGACAGUUUACAAGAAUGUCGAUUUCAGUGGAAAUUGGUGCUAAACCAGAGUGCGAUCCCUAGAAGAGGGCCCUGGUGGGAUGGGGUAAUGGGAGUGGGUCCAAAUUAUUGGCAGGUCAACCUGGAAUGAAUGCACUGACCAUGGAGGGAGCACUGUUCCAGGUUCUAGAACCCUGAGUGUAGUGUGAGAAUGCCUAAUGAUGCGCUUUUUGGGGAAAGUUUCCUGGUGUCCUCAAAAGCAGGAUACCAGGAAACAAAGUCGGGUCUGUGAGACAGAACCUGAAGAUCAGGAAUGUCCCACUGAAAUUGAGAUAGUAAUGGGGAUAAAUACAAAUUAAAGAAAAAGAAAAACUAUUUAAAGGGAUACUUUAGGCACCCAGACCACUUCAGCUCAUUGAAGUGAUCUUGAUGCAAUAUCCCAGUCCCCCUUAGUCCUGCACUGUAAAUCAUUGCAGUUCCAGAAAAACUGCAAUGAUUAUAUUGCAGGACUAAGACUGCCUGUAGUGGCUGUCCAUCAGACAGACACUAGAGGGCACCUACCGCUUGCUAGGCGACUUUUGGUUGCUUAACUGAUGCUGGACAUCCUCCCUAUCGAGAGGGCCUAAUGCGAUGGUAUCACUCGGCACGAACGCGCAUUAGACACCCCUUUCUUUUGGAUGACGUUGGAGGAAGCAGAGUGCCAGCCCAGUGCUGACGGAGAUCGUCGCUGGAAUCAGGUGAUUACAUAAAGGGUUUAUUAACCCUUUGUGAGCCGGGGGGGGAGGGCAGGGCACAAUUCACAGUGGAGGGCUAGAAGGACAUUUUGUGUAAGGAAUACAGCUUUUUAUUCCUUACACUAUACUAUCUUGCUUCUUCCCUCUUAAAGGGAUACUAUAAUAAAUUCUACACUAUAGUAUCCCUUUAAGAGGGCAAGAAACAAGAUGUGAGGUAUUCUAUGCAUAGUCAAGCUAACAGUGAACAUAUAUAGCUGUCCUUGUGAAAACACUGGUUUUCAAAGCUAUAUAUAUACAGUUGCAAGAAAAAGUAUGUGAACCCUUUGGAAUGAUAUGGAUUUCUUCACAAAUUGGUCAUAAAAUGUGAUCUGAUCAUCAUCUAAGUCACAACAAUAGACAAUCACAGUCUGCUUAAACUAAUAACACACAAAGAAUGAAAUGUUGCCAUGUUUUUAUUGAACACACCAUGUAAACAUUCACAGUGCAGGUGGAAAAGUAUGUGAACCCUAGAAAUGACAUCUCCAAGAGCUAAUUGGAGUGAGAUGUCAGCCAACUGGAGUCCAAUCAAUGAGAUGAGAUUGGAGGUGUUGGUUACAGCUGCCCUGCCCUAUAAAAAACACAGACCAGUUCUGGGUUUGCUUUUCAUAAACAUUGCCUGAUGUGAAUGAUGCCUCGCACAAAAGAGCUCUCAGAAGACCUACGAUUAAGAAUUGUUGACUUGCAUAAAGCUGGAAAGGGUUAUAAAAGUAUCUCCAAAAGCCUUGCUGUUCAUCAGUCCACAGUAAGACAAAUUGUCUAUAAAUGGAGAAAGUUCAGCACUGCCGCUACUCUCCGUAGGAGUGGCCGUCCUGUAAAGAUGACUGCAAGAGCACAGCGCAGACUGCUCAAUGAGGGGAAGAAGAAUCCUAGAGGGUCAGCUAAAGACUUACAAAAGUCACUGGCAAAUGCUAACAUCCCUGUUAGCAAAUCUACAAUACGUAAAACACUAAACAAGAAUGGAUUUCAUGGGAGGAUACCACAGAGGAAGCCACUGCUGUCCAAACAAAACAUUGCUGCACGUUUACAAUUUGCACAAGAGCACCUGGAUGUUCCACAGCAGUACUGGCAAAAUAUUCUGUGGACAGAUGAAACCAAAGUUGAGUUGUUUGGAAGAAACACACAACACUAUGUGUGGCGAAAAAAAGGCACAGCACACCAACAUCAAAACCUCAUCCCAACUGUGAAGUAUGGUGGUGGGGGCAUCAUGGUUUGGGGCUGCUUUGCUGCGUCAGGGCCUGGACGGAUUGCUAUCAUCGAAGGAAAAAUGAAUUCCUAAGUUUAUCAAGACAUUUUGCAGGAGAACUUAAGGCCAUCUGUCUACCAGCUGAAGCUCAACAGAAGAUGGGUGUUGCAACAGGACAAUGACCCAAAGCAUAGAAGUAAAUCAACAACAGAAUGGCUUAAACAGAAGAAAAUAUGCCUUCUGAAGUGGCCCAGUCAGAGUCCUGACCUCAACCCGAUUGAGAUGCUGUGGCAUGACCUCAAGAAAGCGAUUCACACCAGACAUCCCAAGAAUAUUGCUGAACUGAAACAGUUCUGUAAAGAGGAAUGGUCAAGAAUUACUCCUGACCGUUGUGCACGUCUGAUCUGCAACUACAGGAAACGUUUGGUUGAAGUUAUUGCUGCCAAAGGAGGUUCAACCAGUUAUUAAAUCCAAGGGUUCACAUACUUUUUCCACCUGCACUGUGAAUGCUUACAUGGUGUGUUCAAUAAAAACAUGGCAACAUUUCUUUCUUUGUGUGUUUAUUAGUUUAAGCAGUCUGUGAUUGUCUAUUGUUGUGACUUAGAUGAUGAUCAGAUCACAUUUUAUGACCAAUUUGUGCGGAAAUCCAUAUCAUUCCAAAGGGUUCACAUACUUUUUCUUGCAACUGUAUGUAUAUAUAUAUAUAUAUAUAUUUAUUUAUAUCAGUGGCUGAUCCGGGGGGGGGGGGGCAACGGGAUUCUCCCCUGCCGGCUAAUCACAGAUCUCCCUCCACGGUCCGCAGGCACUGUGCUGGCAGCCGGCAGGGGAGGGAGGGAAAGAGGACCCGGGAGCUCUUACCUGCAGCUCCUCCAGGGCCUUCUCUCGUGAGCACGGUUACCACGGCAACGCUCCAAAUCUCGUGAGAGUGAACUCUAUCCCUGGAGCUACGGGCUAGAGUUCACUCUAACCACUGGGAUCACCAGGGAUUCCCACCGGACCACCAGGGAUCCAGAAAUGUCCCCCCUCCUCCCAGUAAAGGUAAGAAGGGAGGGGGACAUAAUGUAUAUUUAUAUUAUUAAAUAAAAAUUUAAAAAAACAUUAUUUAAAAGCCUCCCUACCCUCCUUUCCCCAUGCACACACUGCCCCACACACACUCACUGCACACCGAUAGACACAUUGCCCCACACACACUGCUGCUCCCCAUACACAUGACCCCCAUACACAAAUUGCCCCACACAUACAUACAGUGCCCCCCACACACUGCUACCCCCCCAUAAACACUAUGCCCCACACAUACAUACUGUGAUCCACCAUACACACAUUGCCCCACACAUACAUACAGUGCCCCACACACACAUACAGUGAUCCCCCAUACACACACUGCCCCACACAUACAUACAGUGCUCCCCAUACACACACUGCAACCCAUACACACAUUGCACUUAUACACACAUUGCACCACACAUACAAUGCCCCACACACACAUACAGUGCUCCCCCAUACACACACUGCCCAACACAUACACACAUUGCCCCCCAUACACACAUUGCCCACACACACAUACAGUGCCCCCCAUACACACACUGCCCCCACACACACACUGCCCCCCACACACAUACAGUGCCCCCAUACACACACUGCCCCAAACACACAUACACUGCAAGCCUCACACACACUGCAACUCUCACACACACUGCCCCCCUCACACACACACUGCAGCUCUCUCACACACACACUGCCCCACACAUACACUGCAACCCUGACAUACACUGCCGCCCUCUCGCACUCACAUAUACACUGCACCUUUCACACACACAUCACCCCUCACACAUACCACUGCUCCUAUUCCCUAUAUCCCAGCAGACCCCAGGUAAGUUGUCAAACUGUUCUUAAACGGUUUGGCUACUUAUUCUGGCAUGGGAUCCUGGCACUACUGGCACCAUAACUACUACACUGAGCUGUAGUGGUUAUUGUGCCUGGAUUAUUUCUUUAAAUAAUCUACAAGUGCCCCUCCCAAGAUCAGGCUCUGGAUCCGCCACUGAUUUAUAUAUAUAUAUACCCAUAUACAACAACCAAUUCUGCUUUUUAAGAUUUAUUUAUUUUUUAUUCUUUUUUUUGCUAUUCAUGAGUUUACAGACAAUCUUGCUGUGCCACAACAGCAAAAGAAAGCGUGAUAAAAACAAUAGAUGUCAUGGCAUUUGAGAGAAACAGCACAGUAUUUUUAUAUGAAGAUAGUUGAGUGAGGUAUAAAUGAGUAGACUUAUGUAAACAAGCUGGGAAUACAUGAAACAACAACGAUUAAGUAGUCACGCUAAAUCUACAUGAAGGAAACUUUAAGAGAGUAUACCACCCCGGGCUGAUCCUGGGUUACAACAGACAGUCUGCUUUGCUAAACUAGAGGGCAUUAAUAAACAGGCAACAACACUAAGAGUUUCAGCCAUGUGGUCAGCACACUCCCAUCAUGGGUACGAUGCGGCACCAGCCGAGAUCUCCAGGCUUCUGGUCCAGUGUCAACAGUGCCGCCAGUUCUGCUUUAAGCCAAGUUUGGUCAAACAUUGAUGCACAGUGAAAAUUAACAGAUCUUCAUUUCAUUCUGCAAAACAUAAAAAACAUUGCCGCUGCAAUAGUCUAAGAAAUAAAUAAUUUGUAAACACUGGCUGUUCUGCUGAUUCCUAUUUGGCUCUGUUGACUAAUGCUAGAUGCUUAUCAAUGUUGCCACAUGUUUAUAUUGAAGGUCAAUGUGUGAUUGCAUAAUAAUACUAUGCUUUCAUGGCACAACUUAAAACCUUUGCUUAAAAAGUGGAGUGCUUCUUUGCAACAACGCUCAGAUAUCCUGCUGCAUUCAAUCUGUCCACAUUGAAGCCGUUACGAACAUCACAAUGUACAAUGUAGCAAGGUUGAGAUGAUCUAGAGAAGGUUCCUACAAUAUGCCUGUGGAUUUAGCUUAUUGAAGUGGCCUCCCUAGUCACCAGUAGUCCUGUGCAUGGCAGAAAACUUUAGUUCGGCCAAAUCAUUUUGUCUGAAAAUAAAAUGUAGUUUGGGUAGUCCAAUAACGUCAGUGUGGCAGUUCAGCUCGUCUGAAUAUCACCCAUGCAAAAAUAUUUUCAACACCUGACAUAUUAUGUAUAUAUUUUGCCGUUCACUGAUUGGCGCAUUUCCCCUUUAUUUAAAAAGUUACUAUUAGAGGUGAAAAAGAGAAGAAGCAUUAAAAAAAAAAAUACAUAUAUAUAUAUAUAUAUAUAUAUAUAUAUAUACAUAUUAUUAUUAUUAUUAUUUUUUUACUGCUCCUCAUAUUCUUUCCCAUCAGUUAUCUUCUUUUUUGGCACCAUGACAGAACUCACGAAUCACAAAUCACGAAUCAAAUGAGCAUGCUCGUCCAUUGUGUGAGACGUUUGCUGAGUCCAUGUGGUGCUUCGAGUUACGGAAUUGCAACAAUCCAACAAUCGUCCUAAAUUCAACUGAAUUGCAAAACGAAUUAACAAAUCUUGUCACCAGAUCUCACUCUAGAUAUCAGUCCAACUGGGUAUCUGUAGGUCAAAGAGAAAGAAGGUACUCAGUGUAGAGGUCCAUUAACCUCAAAACAUAUCUAAGCACUGAAAGUAUUGGAGUUAGCAUGGCUUAUUAUCUCUGUGGAACACCUCAGAACGUUCAUAGUCUUACAUUUGCUUGAGCAGAAUUUAAUGUGAAGUAUUUAUUUAUAUAUUUAUUUUUGUAUUAUUUUGUGCCUCACCCAUGUAACAUCUAUUUAUAGACAUGGUUGGGCGUUGGCAGAAUAUGAUUCACUCUCUUACCAUCUUCAGGUAUUGCCAACCCAGUGAAGCUGGUGCCUUGGUUUCUACAUUCAGAUCGGGAUUGUAAGCUUGCAAGCGGGCGCUCUCCCAUUUUGAGGUUCUUUUGUCUCUAUACUCAACUUAGUUAGAAAUGCCUUGUAUCAAUCUCUCUGUAAGCUACUAUUUCCUCUAAUUAUUACUCUUACAUGGCAGGUUUAGCUGGCAAAGCAUAUAGACCUAGGCAGUAUGCCAGAUUGGGGCCCCUGCCUAGAGCCCUUGGACGUCCAUCCCCACCUGGAAUCUGUUGAAGCCACUCCCCAAACUUGGGAGUCACAGCCCGAGUGCUCCUAGCACAACUGGGACUACUUCUUUCAGUCCCUGGUAUUUGUCCAGCUUCUCAUGUUCUUUCUUCCUCAUGUUAUAGUCAAUGGGUAUUGCCACGUCCACCAUUACUGCAAUCUUCCGUUCCUUGUCAACCAUCACAAUGUCAUGUUAGUUGGCCUGUACUUGCUUGUCUGUCUGGAUCUGGAAUAUAUAUAUAUAUUUUACUACACUUUACCUGCUAUUGUGCUAUAAUGUAGUGUAGAUAGAAUUAGGUGUGGGAAUUUAGGAGGGAUGCAGGAGAACGAAACAUGUUAAUUGGCGGACUAUAAAUUAGUUAAGGUAAAGCUGACUGCUCUUGCUGCUUCUUUCUCUACAACAGGGUGGCAUGGCCCCUUUCAUCUACACUCACUAGAUCCGCCUCUUUCUCGUUCUGCCUCCCAGUAAGAAGGGAAGGAGAGAAGUGGACAAGUGAAUGCUGUGAAGAGAGGUUUCAGAUUUUGUGAUUAGUGAGAGACAGGAGUUGAGAGAUGGAGGGCUUGUAGGAUGAACAGAUAGACUUGGUUGAAAGAUGACAGCGAGAGAUUAGUAUCUGUUAUGUAUGUUACAUGCUUCCCAACUAUCCCGAUUUCGCCUCCUGUGAGUUUUCCUCCAGCCAUGGCCAUCUUUAGCGCAUGGCAAACGGGGCAGCUGCCCCGGGCCCAGUUGCUCCUGGGGGUGCUGCAGAGCAGCUGCCCCGUGGGUCCCGCGAUUUGAGCAGCCCCAUGUACCCAGCGGUGCGGCUGCACAGAGCCGCACUGGCCCGCCAACUAAGGAGGCCCCCCAAAUGGCCCAUGCACUAAGGGCCACCCGGUAAGCAUGUGUGAGCAGGGGCCCAGUCGGGCGCUGUGACGCUUAAACCGCGCGACCGGGCCCCUUGCUGUACUGGCUAGGAGGAAGUGAGUGCUGCGCGUCACUUCCUCCCACCGGUUAUAAUAACCGGGAGGAGAAAGGCAGGAGAAGAGGAGUUAUUCAAGAUAACUCCCAUCUGCCUCAGCCUGCCACUGGACCCCAGGUAAACCACCCUCCAUAAAAAGGUAAGAACCUGGAGGGUGGCUAAAUUUAUGUCUGUGUGUGUGUAUGUCAGGAUGUGUGUGUGUGUGUGUGUGUGUCAGUAUGUUUGUGUGUGUGUGUAUGUGUGUGUGUCAGUAUGCCUGCCUGUGUGUGUGUCAGUAUGUCUGUGUGUGUCAGCAUGUCUGUGUGUGUGUGUGUCAAUAUGUCUGUCAGUGUAUGUGUCUGUGUGUGUUUCAGUAUAUCUGUCAGUGUAUGUGUCUGUGUGUGUAUGUAUGUAUGUAUGUAUGUUUGUGUGUCAGUAUGUCUGCCAUUAUAUAUUUGUGUGUCAGUAUGUAUCUGCAAAUGUUUUAAUAUAUCUGUGUGUGUAUGUGUCAGUAGGUCUGUCAGUGUGAUUGGGGUUGGGCGUAAUUGGAGGGGGGAGGGGCAGGGCCUAGGGGGCCCAAGAAAAUGCUUUGCCCAGGGUCCUAUUCAUAUUAUAUACGGCCCUGCCUCCAGCACUUCCUCCAGCAGAAGCAAGACAAUGCGUGAAUGUUUUAGUGUUUUCUCUCUAAAAGAUUCUGUAAAAAGAUUACGGGAAAAUGUAUUGCUGGGCCAUCCUCUGACCAUAUCAAUAACACAUGGUGUCUGUACAAUCAGCAGCUACUAGAUGUUGAAGACCUCUCCCCCUUCCAUUCAUAUCUCCCUCUCCCCCCUUCCAUUCAUAUCUUCCUCUCCCCCCUUCCAUUCAUAUCUCCCUCCCCCUUCCAUUAAUAUCUCGCUCCCCCCUUACAUCAAUAUCUCCCCCCCUUACAUUAAUAUCUUGCUUCCCCCCUUCCAUCAAUAUCUCCCUCAACCUUCCAUUAAUAUCUUGCUCUCCCCUUCCAUUCAUUUCUCCCUCUCCCUCUUCCAUUCAUAUCUCCCUCGCUCCUUCCAUCAAUAUCUCCCUCCCCCUUACAUUCAUAUCUCCCUCCCCUAUAUAUCAUAUAUUUCUCCCUCUCUCCCUUUUCCAUUAAUUCCAUUCUCCUCCUUUCCAUUAAUAUCUCCUUUUCCAUCCUCCUCUUCACCACCAAUAUUCCCUUCCUUUGCAUUAAUAUCUCGCUUCUCCCCCUUCCAUCAAUAUCUCCCUUCAUCUAUAUCUCCUCCCUUCCAUUCAUAUCUCCUCUCCCUUCCAUUAAUAUUCCCGCCUCUCCUUCCAUCAAUAAUAUCCUCCCCCUUCCAUUCAUAUCUCCCUCCUCCAUUCCAUUAAUAUCUCCCUCCCCCUUCCAUUCAUAUCUCCCUACCCCCUUCCAUCAAUAUCACCCUCCCUCCCUUCCAUCAAUAUCUCCCUCACCCCUUCCAUUCAUAUCUCCCUCUCACCUCUUCCAUUCAUAUCUCUCCCCCUCCCAUUCACAUCUCCUUCCCCCUUUAUCCAUAUCUCCCUCCACCCCUUCCAUUCAUAUCUCCCUCCACCCCUUCCAUUCAUAUCUCCCUUGCCUCCAUCCAGUUCAUAUCUCUCCCCCAUGUCUCCCUCCCUACACAUUCCAUCCAUGUGUCUCCACAUCCACUCCCCUAUGUCUCCCUUCCUAUGCCUUCUGUUUAUACUCCUUCCCUAUUUUCAGGCAGCUGUACCCUCACACUUUCACCUCAGGCACCAGUUUUGCUCUGCCCUUUCAAUUUACCUGACAAGGAAGCCUCUCACUCUCCGGUGGCACACUGACAGAUUGAGCGCCGGGUAGUCUCCUGACACACGGCGCUCCUACGCAGAACCGCAUGGAGCCUCACGUGUCAGUCUGACAAGUGAUUUUUGUGCCCCCACGACCGAAGCCUGUGAUUGGCUGGGCCAAAACUAAGUUCCUUGUGGGCUGUCCGCUGGAUGCGAGUUUGACAUGCUUGCUGUAGAAUUUCUUUACCCUAUGCAAUGUUCAGCAUACUAAUACAAAUUCCAACAAAACCAUACUUUCAAUAAAAAUAACCUUUUGCAUGUUUUAUAAAUGUCAAAAUUCCACUUUAUUUUGUUUCUGAUGAAAUGUAAUAAUAAACUGAAACAUUGUCAUAUUUAUAAAUCUGCUAACGCCUAUGGUUUUUCACAGGCUCUAAGAAAGAGGUUCCCCAGAGGCAAUUACAUGUAUCUAUAAAUGCAUGUAAAGAAACCACAAAUCAGGAAUUAGGACCACGGAUCAGUAGGCUCCUUCUUGUUUCAUACUGCCAUUGACAAGUUAUUUUCGUCAACGCGCAUGGCAACGCAAUGAGCAACAGUGAUGUCUCUUUUCUUUCUAAACGAGAAUAAGAACCAAUAAUUUUCCCCACCCAUCCAUAUGCCCGAUGACGUGGCUUCUGUUUGGAGGGUGCGGUUUUGGCACUUGAUCCAUAUGCCUGCGGGAUCCUGGGAGUUCUGUUUCUUUCCAUCCCAGUUUUAGGAAGUUAACCAGACCUCCGAAGUACAUGUAGUAUUCCCGAGAAAGAUGGUCACAGCAACUAUGUACUGGCAAAGUCAGGCUACAUUGUGCCACUGUCAAUAGUUUGUGUGGGUCAUGGCCUACAAUUGUACUAAAAUUGUCCUUGCACAUAGUGUUAAAUUUUUUAGCUUGUUUAUUUCUGAAUCUUUUAUAUCUGAAAAUGUCAGACCAUCACCCUCUCUGACAAAUGCCUAUAAAAAAAAAAAAAAAAAGACAGCCAUGGAAAAUGUAUUUUAAUCUGUAUUAAAUGUCAAAGAGAAGGUUUGCACCCUUAACACAGAAAAACUAAUGUGAUCACUUCAGCACAUCAGUGCGUUUGUUCAGAUCUGCUUCUCUGUAACAGUUUUGUUUUGUUUUUUUACGAUCAUUUAGCUCUGCAGCAUGACUUGGGUUAAUAUAACUAAUCUGUGGAUUACGCAACAGAACAUGUUACAUAGAAUCCGAUAAAGUGUGUCAGUGGGGCAGAGAGCAUGAUGGACUGGUUAGUCUGCCAAUCACAGACAAUCUCCGAGCCUGUUUAACCAGUGAGAGACGAGGACCAGUCUCUAGGCUUCGUUCAACGUAAUCACCGCAGAUGCCUGUUAUAUAACCAGCAGGAUUAUUCAGGAGAGGCGGAGCAUGCCAGUUAACAAGCCUGCGACUAAUUACCCCCUUUAUGCAUGUUAUUACUUAUUCUCAUUGCUCUCCCAGUGCUCUCACAAGCUGAUAUGUUGAUUAUUAAUUUAAUCUAUUAAUUGACAUAAUUGUUUUACCUCCCCUCUAGCCGUUCAAACACCGAAAACAUACAGUUCUGCUAGCAGUGUUUGCAGGCAGAAAAAGCACAAGAACAAACAAUGUCAGUGAUAUACCCACAAACAAACAAACAAACACAAAGAGGCAGCCAAGGGCUGCAUCUGUUUUUCCCCCCAAAAGAUUCACACAUAAAGUAUAUCAUUUAUACAUUAUAAAUAUAAAUAGCAUCAAUCAUAUCACAAAAACAUUGUGAAAUAUCAGAUUCAUUUGCAUGGUGAUUUUUAUUUUGAAUUCUGUUUUGGCAGAUUUCAAUAGGUCAAAAGAUUGUUUCAAAACCAGUCCGCUAAGGAAUCUAAGCUGGCAAAGCAAAGCAUCAUGGGAGUUGUAGUUUUGCAACAGCUGUGGAUACAGUCAUCCCUACCUAAUCAUAACCCAUAACAUGCGGCCAGUCUGAUAAAUAAUAAAAUUGACAAAUCCAUAAAUUGAGUAUUGUGACUAAUCCAUUAGGGAAUUAUUAUUAUUAAUUAUUGAGAAUCCAGGCAUAUUAUUUGUCCAGCAUAUGGAUCUGUAGGGCAAAUUGUAAUAAGAAAUUAUUCCAUAGGAUCAUGUUCAGACGAGUUUGUUUAUUUUUUUCAAUCUGUGGUUUUUAUAAUUUCAAACUUUAAUGGUAUUUCCUGGGGAUGGGAAAUAUUGUUGGAUAAAAAGUGGUAACCGACAGUGGUCUGCUGGAAAUAAUUCUUACUAUUUGUACUUUAAAGGCACAAUCUAAACACCAUAACCACUAUGUCUGCUAUAGAGGUUGUAAGGAGUGGAGUCCCUUGUCGCCCUCCCAGAGUAAUAUGUCAAACUGUUUUAGAAUGAUUUGACAACUUACCUGGGUACGGCCAGUUUGACAGCUUAACUGGAUCUCCUUACAGAUAAAUCCAGUUCGCUAUACAGUGGUACGCAGGGCCACUCUCAUUGGCUGAGAGCAUCAGCUGAGCAGUGCAGGUGCCCAGGUAAGUAUACAAACACUAUGCUGGGUAGAGAUGCUAUAACCAAACUCAAUUGUACUCCAUAUGGGCCCUGGAUUGCUUCUUGAAGUAUUUUUCUUUCUAAAACAAUGCCUCUCUGCUGUAGAAAUUUUGUGUAGCAGGCAGAAACUCUUAUCAACAUUCUUGUGUGGCUUAGCUGUUCCAAACCGACAACAGAUACACAUUAAUACACUACAGAAAAGCCAGUAAAAAUGCAAAACUCAUGGUUACACAACAUAGAAUUUAAAAAAUUUUUUUUACAGAACAGGUAUAGUUUAAGCUGAAGUAACAACAGGCAUGGUAACCGUAAGGUAAAUACUGUGACACAGGCAGUUACAAGAUCUAUGCAAUGCAUUAGCAGAGAAGGAGUUAAUCUCGAUCUUUAGUCUGUCCCUUAUAUAAUAAAGCCCACACAGCACUGAGCACAGCUGUGUGACGUGGGAUAAAAAGCAGGAAUGAGUCAAUCGCAGGAUGGGGGGCAGAGAUCAAUGAAAGCAAGGAAGGGGGGGCACACAUGAGAGAGAGAGGGAAUGAUCGAGAAUGAGGUGAAUGUUGAAGAAGCAAUAACUGAUAAAUGAGAAGCCACAAGGAAUCACAAUGCGAGGAGUUAUGGUGGUAAAAUAGGUCAGCGCCUGGUUUAUAAUAAACAUAUAUAGUUAGAUAGUUGUAAAUAUAGAUAGUAAUGUGAGGGUGGAAUUACUGGCAAUGCUGCUGGGGCAGACACAUCAGGGUCCGUAGGGUUGUGAGGGCCCACUGGGUGACCCCACACUGUAAUCACGGCAGUAGAAUCGGAGAAAAACAGAAAAGGGUAAAGAAAUAAGUAGGCAGCACACCUGAAAUUAGGGGAUUUCCUCAAAAACGCUGACGUGCAAUAGAACCAAGAAAAACGUAAAUCAGUAUGUGCCAAAAGAAGAAUAUAUAUAAAAAACUAAUUGUAAAAAAUAUACACAUAAGAAGCACACAGUAAGACUUCUAUAAUAUCCUUAAAAUAAUAAAAGCCAAGAAAAUUGGAGUGCCAGGUUAUAUAAAACCAGUCCCAAAAUAGUAUCUGUUCCAUUCCCAAUUUUUCAUGCAAUAUGUCUGACACUGUCUUCACUUCAUGGUAACAAAUAGGAGAAAGCAGAAGAACAGGAAAGACCGAUAGUGCAAUAUGCCAGCUUAACUGAGGUACAAACAACACAACACAAUACAGUGGUGAGGUACACACAACACAAUACAAUAUACAGUGAGGUACACACUACACAUAGGUCCACAAUUGGCAAUUCAAAUGCAAUAGAGCUUAAACCAGCUCUGGAUUAUUCAGCAUACAGUGGUUUAGAUCCCCAUUUGUAGAAUUUCAUUCUGUGAUCUGAUCAGGGGCUCAUUCAAGUGCUGGGCCCCACUAACACUGUGUAGUUUGUUUGGGGACACAUAAAUAUAUCUCCAAACCAGAUCACAUUUAACAGCAAACAGGACUGGCCAAUGCUGGGACUGGGAGGAAGUCGUUACACGUCACUUCCUCCCAGCGCACACGCAGAACCACAUGGGGGAAAAGAGAGACUGCAACAUCCCACUCCCCCUGGAUUUAGUUCAUUCUGAUGUGUUGCAUGAUUGCGUGUACUUACACAUGUGUUGUAGCUGCUAAUUAAUAUUACCUAUUGGUGUUAUGUUAGUAAAUGCACAGUGUACCUUUUUUAUUUGUAUCCUCCCAUACACUAGAGUCCCUGAACACACAAACACACAUACUGCAGUAUUAUUAUUAUUAUAUAGCGCCAACAAAUUCCAUAGCGCUUUACAAUAUUAUAGGAGGGGGCAAUUUAACAAUAAAUGAGGUUGAAGGGAACCCUGCUCAAAUGAGCUUACAGUCUAGAAGAGGCUGGUUAUAAAACACAAUAGGGCAGUAUAAUCCUUAUCCACAAAUACCCCACAACCCCAUUCCUUACACCACCCCCACACUACUGCCCUAUCCAGACACACACUGGACUGCGAACAGCCCCAUCUAUACACACAAUCCCACAUGCCUAUACAUAGCACCACAGGUAGCCUAUCCUACACACAUAAACACCACAAGCAACCUCUGAACAGACACAAUCCCACAUGCCUAUACAUAGCACCACAGGUAGCCUAUCCUACACACAUAAACACCACAAGCAACCUCCGAACAGACACAAUCCCACAUGCCUAUACAUAGCACCACAGGUAGCCUAUCCUACACACAUAAACACCACAAGCAACCUCCGAACAGACACAAUCCCACAUGGCUAUACAUAGCACCACAGGUAGCCUAUCCUACACACAUAAACACCACAAGCAACCUCCGAACAGACACAAUCCCACAUGCUAUACAUAGCACCACAGGUAGCCUAUCCUACACACAUAAACACCACACAGCAACCUCCGAACAGACACAAUCCCACAUGUCUAUACAUAGCACCACAGGUAGCCUAUCCUACACAGAUAAACACCACAAGCAACCUCCGAACAGACACAAUCCCACAUGGCUAUACAUAGCACCACAGGUAGCCUAUCCUACACACACAAACACCACAAGCAACCUCCGAAAAGACACAAUCCCACAUGCCUAUACAUAGCACCACAGGUAGCCUAUCCUACACACAUAAACACCACAAGCAACCUCCGAACAGACACAAUCCCACAUGCCUAUACAUAGCACCACAGGUAACCUAUCCUACACAGAUAAACACCACAAGCAACCUCCGAACAGACACAAUCCCACAUGGCUAUACAUAGCACCACAGGUAGCCUAUCCUACACAGAUAAACACCACAAGCAACCUCCGAACAGACACAAUCCCACAUGGCUAUACAUAGCACCACAGGUAGCCUAUCCUACACACAUAAACACCACAAGCAACCUCCGAAAAGACACAAUCCCACAUGCCUAUACAUAGCACCACAGGUAGCCUAUCCUACACACAUAAACACCACAAGCAACCUCCGAACAGACACAAUCCCACAUGCCUAUACAUAGCACCACAGGUAACCUAUCCUACACAGAUAAACACCACAAGCAACCUCCGAACAGACACAAUCCCACAUGGCUAUACAUAGCACCACAGGUAGCCUAUCCUACACAGAUAAACACCACAAGCAACCUCCGAACAGACACAAUCCCACAUGGCUAUACAUAGCACCACAGGUAGCCUAUCCUACACACAUAAACACCACAAGCAACCUCCGAAAAGACACAAUCCCACAUACAGUCUCUCUCUUUCAUUUCCUCCUGUUGUUUUAAACCUUAUAUAGAGACUGUCUUGGGGCAGAAUUUGCAAACAAGCACAGUAAAAUCUGACAAGACUCUUUGAAAAUGGCCUUUUUAGUUAUUUUUGUUAUUUACCUCGAGUGGAAGCGGAAGUAUAUUUAUAUUGUUUGAUAACAUGGAAUAAAAUAAUAUUUUUUUUUAAAUGUAGAUUAACUAGUUCUUACCCAGGUGCAGCGGGACUAAACCACGUUUCUACUUGAUUGGGAAACGACAUUAUCAUGAAAAGUUAAUUAUAUAUAAUAAUGUAUAGAGAGAGAAACUCUAGCAUUAACUGUUGCUGGCUAUUAGUGCACACUCUGCACUUCCUCAUGCCACAGGCUUGCCAUCUGGAGAAACUCGCUAUCCUGCAUGCCAGUGUUCAUUGCGACGUCACCGCUAAACCUUCAGGGAACUGCCGAGUACCGAGUGUUGGAAUGGUGAUCUGUAAUGGAGGUUAUAGGAAUAGUGACAAUGUUACAGACCAAUCCUGGACCAAUUCAGACGUAGCAGACGUCAGUUUGAUAGCUUAUCUAUUAAGUUAUUGUAUUAUUUAGCUUCUCUUUAAAAAUUAAACACCCCCAGGCACCCCAAUACUGAAUUUGCCCAACUUUAACCCUCAACGCAAUAAUUCUAAAAAACUGUUAUACCACAACCCUUCCUAUUGUGUUUUUAUGCCCCCACCUCCUCUAGAUUAUAAGCCCAUUUGAAGUGGCUCCUCCACAACCUAUUGUUCCUGUCAAAAUGUAAAAUACUUGGUCUAAUUUGUUAAAUUCCCCUUAAAGGGACUCUCCAGUGCCAGGAAAACAAACUGUUUUCCUGGCACUUCAGGUCCCCUCUCCCUCCCACCCCCCAUCCCAAGUUGCUUACCUGUAUUCAGUGACUUACCUGUAUCCCGUGCCGAUAUUCCUCGGCGCUGGUUCAGGGUCCGCCCACGCUGCUCCCCCGCCUACGUCAGCCGGCGAGGGGAGACCUAAUGCGCAUGCACGGCAAUGCCGCGCACACGCAUUAGACCUCCCCAUAGGAAACCAUUGAAAAAUGCUUUCAAUGCUUUCCUAUGGGGAUUUCAGCAAUGCUGGAGGUCCUCACAUAGAAAUGUGUGCUAUAAACCCAGAAGUGCCCUCUAGUGGCUGUCUAGUAGAAUAUUUACAGUUGCAGGGUUAAGGGUAGUGAGAGUUGGCACCCAGGCCACUCCAAUGGGCAGAAGUGGUCUGGGUGCCUGGAGUGUCCCUUUAAUUAUAUUGUACAGCACUACAAAAUUAGUUAGUGCUAUAUAAAUACCAAUAAUAACUGUAACUCAUAUCAAGCUUUAAACCCUCUUAACACUAAAUGCCAUAUAUUAUCGAACUCUGACAUUAACCCCUCUCUAACCUUCCCCCUCCCCUUUACUAUAACCACUUCUAUCCCAGCAUGCAUUUACACAGUUGCAUACACUUACUGUACUCACAGAUUCAAACACAAUACAUUACAAGUAGAUGUAAAUAUACACUGAUGCUAUUUUUGGCCCAAAUCCCUAUUUUUUUAUCCUAAUGUCCCUGGUUUCUAGGAGCUCCAUAUUGAGUGUAUAACAGCGCUCCACAGCAAUAAUACUCCCAGUAAUGUGUCUUUAAACUACAAUAAAUAUGUUUAGAAAUCAUUCUGUGUAACUCAGAUAGAUACAUUGUUCCUGUUCUAGAUUACAUUUUAGUUGCAUAAAUUGUUAUUAGUAAGUCACCUAAAAUUUCUCAGAAGAGCCCUGCCCCUGGUCACACAUACCAGACACACCUAAAAUAAAGUGUCCCUGUUUGUCCAUUUGAAAUGUUGGAAGAUAUACAUCUGUUGUAGAAGCAUCAGGGGAGUUUGCAAACUCAGGGGGGUUUAACGUUUGGCCAUCCUAGUUCUACAAAAUUGGGAGAAAAUAUCUUGCAGAUUUUAAUUUUUUAUUGAUUAGUUUCCUGGACACAUCCACUUGCAAUGGGAUCAUGUGUCUAUAGUCAUCAAACACCAGGAAGCAGCCAGCCUCUAUUUGGAUAUUUCAAGAUGAAAAUAAUAGUGCGGAUAAUAAUAAUAAUAAUAAAUAAUAAUAAAAUGUGCAUCAAUAAAGACAUGCAUUAUCCUACAAGGUUCUUAAAGCCACAGACAGGAUUUUAUAAGGUUGCUGAGCAGACUAAGCCUGAAGACUCAAAUGUGCAGCACUGACACCAUGUGGCUCUUUACAAUAAUGCAGGUUAAUUUUUUUGUGAUCUUAAUAUAUAUUUACAUAUGCCGUUCCAAUAGCUUUAGUAGUUAUGCACGUUCUUAUAUAUGUAUGUAUAAACAUAGUGUGCAGUAUAUUUCUGUAUGAUGCUGCCCUUUGUAAAAUAUAAGCUAGAUUUUCAGUAUAUGGAAUCCACAAAUUUUCCGACUUUGACACCUAUAAGAAGAAGUUUGGAAGUUUAAAGGGACACUAUAGGCACCCAGACCACUUCAGUUCAUUGAUGUGGUCUGGGAGCAGUGUCCCUAUUCCAUUUAGUGCUGCAAUGUUAAACAUUGCGUUUCCAGAGAAACUGCAAUGUUUACAUUGCAGCACAAAGUCUGCAUCCAUUGUCUGUCUCCCAGGCAACCACUAAAGGACUUCCUGAGUCGAAAUGAACCUUUGGUCCGGUAUCUGACGCUGGACGUCCUCAUGUUCUGCAUUAAGGACCUCCAACAUCAGAUUUUUCCCCAUAGGAAAGCAUUGAUUGAAUGCUUUUCUAUGGGGAGGUCUAAUGCAUGCAUUAUUGCCCGCUCGUCACGGGACUUCAGAGGAGGCAGAGCCACGACCCAGGUCCAAGGGACAUUGGCACUGGGGUAAGGUAAGUAAUAAAAAGGGUUUUAACCUUUUAUUUACCAAUGUGAUGGUUGCGGGGGGGGAGGUCUGAGGGAGGCAGGGGUAGCUGUAGUGCCAGGAAUACAGCACUAUAAAUAGUGUCCCUUUAAUAACAAUUACAAUACUCUGGAAUACACAGAUGACAAGAAUCUUAGAAAAUAUCAGGAGAUGUUAAUCACUGCUUACUAACUAGCUUCAAUGAAAGAUGCUAAAUGUUACCAUCUGCUGCUAUGUCCAUAAAUUGUUUUGAUUUUGUAGUAUGAAAAGGCAGUUCACUCUUAACAUUAGAAACAAUCUUUAUAUCAAUUAGCUGCUUAUGGGAAAACUUAGCAACUAAUUGGAAACAAGCAGCAAGUCAUUUCACCAUGACAUCUGCCUAUUUUGUCACGUAGUCACAAAUCCUACGGGUUUAUUUAACAAAGUGAAUUUUAAAUAUACAUUUUUCAAUUGCACCUGUUGUACAGCUGUGCUUAGUGUUGGGACAGGGACUGUACUGUCAGGGGAGAUAGGAGCUAUACAGUGUUUGUGUAUAGGUGGACAGGGGCUGUACUGUCAGAGGAGAUAGGCACUAUACAGUGUUUGUGUGUAGGUGGAUAGGGGCUGUACUGUCAGGGGAGAUAGGAACUAUACAGUGUUUGUGUAUAGGUGGAUAGGGGCUGUACUGUCAGGGGAGAUAGGAGCUAUACAGUGUUUGUGUAUAGGUGGAUAGGGGCUGUACUGUCAGGGGAGAUAGGAGCUAUACAGUGUUUGUGUAUAGGUGGAUAGGGGCUGUACUGUCAGGGGAGAUAGGAGCUAUACAGUGUUUGUGUAUAGGUGGAUAGGAGCUGUACUGUCAGGGGAGAUAGGAGCUAUACAGUGUUUGUGUAUAGGUGGAUAGGGGCUGUACUGUCAGGGGAGAUAGGAGCUAUACAGUGUUUGUGUAUAGGUGGAUAGGGGCUGUACUGUCAGGGGAGAUAGGAGCUAUACAGUGUUUGUGUGUAGGUGGAUAGGGGCUGUACUGUCAGGGAGAUAGGACUAUACAGUGUUUGUGUAUAGGUGGAUAGGGGCUGUACUGUCAGGGGAGAUAGGAGCUAUACAGUGUUUGUGUAUAGGUGGAUAGGGGCUGUACUGUCAGGGAGAUAGGAGCUAUACAGUGUUUGUGUAUAGGUGGGAUAGGGGCUGUACUGUCAGGGGAGAUAGGAACUAUACAGUGUUUGUGUAUAGGUGGAUAGGGGCUGUACUGUCGGGGAGAUAGGACUAUACAGUGUUUGUGUAUAGGUGGAUAGGGGCUGUACUGUCAGGGGAGAUAGGAGCUAUACAGUGUUUGUGUAUAGGUGGAUAGGGACUGUACUGUCAGGGGAGAUAGAACUAUACAGUGUUUGUGUAGAUGGAUAGGGGCUGUACUGUCAGGGGAGAUAGGAGCUAUACAGUGUUUGUGUGUAGGUGGAUAGGGGCUGUACUGUCAGGGGAGAUAGGAGCUAUACAGUGUUUGUGUAUAGGUGGAUAGGGGCUGUACUGUCAGGGGAGAUAGGCGCUAUACAGUGUUUGUGUAUAGGUGGAUAGGGGCUGUACUGUCAGGGGAGAUAGGAGCUAUACAGUGUUUGUGUAUAGGUGGAUAGGGGCUGUACUGUCAGGGGAGAUAGGAGCUAUACAGUGUUUGUGUAUAGGUGGAUAGGAGCUGUACUGUCAGGGGAGAUAGGAGCUAUACAGUGUUUGUGUAUAGGUGGAUAGGGGCUGUACUGUCAGGGGAGAUAGGAGCUAUACAGUGUUUGUGUAUAGGUGGAUAGGGGCUGUACUGUCAGGGGAGAUAGGAGCUAUACAGUGUUUGUGUAUAGGUGGAUAGGGACUAUACUGUCAGGGGAGAUAGGAGCUAUACAGUGUUUGUGUGUAGGUGGACAGGGGCUGUACUGUCAGAGGAGAUAGGCACUAUACAGUGUUUGUGUGGCGGAUAGGGGCUGUACUGUCAGGGGAGAUAGGAGCUAUACAGUGUUUGUGUAUAGGUGGAUAGGGGCUGUACUGUCAGGGGAGAUAGGAGCUAUACAGUGUUUGUGUGUAGGUGGAUAGGGGCUGUACUGUCAGGGGAGAUAGGAGCUAUACAGUGUUUGUGUAUAGGUGGAUAGGGGCUGUACUGUCAGGGGAGAUAGGAGCUAUACAGUGUUUGUGUAUAGGUGGAUAGGGGCUGUACUGUCAGGGGAGAUAGGAGCUAUACAGUGUUUGUGUAUAGGUGGAUAGGGGCUGUACUGUCAGGGGAGAUAGGAGCUAUACAGUGUUUGUGUAUAGGUGGAUAGGGGCUGUACUGUCAGGGGAGAUAGGAGCUAUACAGUGUUUGUGUAUAGGUGGAUAGGGGCUGUACUGUCAGGGGAGAUAGGAGCUAUACAGUGUUUGUGUAUAGGUGGAUAGGGGCUGUACUGUCAGGGGAGAUAGGAGCUAUACAGUGUUUGUGUAUAGGUGGAUAGGGGCUGUACUGUCAGGGGAGAUAGGAGCUAUACAGUGUUUGUGUAUAGGUGGAUAGGGACUGUACUGUCAGGGGAGAUAGGAGCUAUACAGUGUUUGUGUAUAGGUGGAUAGGGGCUGUACUGUCAGGGGAGAUUGUAAUUGGGCUUUCCUGGGGCAGGGUAAGUUACUUUCCUCUGGGGGUAGGGGUAAGGAGCUGUACUGUAGGGUUGUCAGUUGCUACAUUGUGGAUGAUUAACGGGCUAUAUUGUGGGUGGGGUAAGGGGCAGUACUGUGGUGGUGUAAGGGGCUGCACUGUGGGGGUAAUGGGGCUUUUGUUUUGGGGUGGUAAAGGGCUGCUCUGUGGGGGUGGGUAAGGUAUUGUACUGUGGGGGUGGGUAACGUAUUGUACUGUGGGGAUGUAAGGGGCUGCAUUGUGGAUAGUUAAGAGACUGCAUUGUUGGAGGUGUAAGGGAGAGCACUGUGGGGGUGGGGGGGGGGAGAGAAAGGGGCUGUACUGGGAAGAGUGUACUGUGUAUAGUGAAUAACCCUGAUAGGAUGCAUGUAGUCCCGCAUGAAUAUAUAUCUGUAAGAUAAGAGAAGUUGUAUUUAUGUAAAAUGAAAUAAAGCAAGUGUCAGUCACAAGUGAGAUUGAGGGUUCUUUGAGGUAAUCCUUGAUAUAAUCUUGAGAGAGAGUCCCAUUUUUAUAUUGAACACACAUUGUGUGUAUACCAUGUAUAUUAACUUAUACCACGUGUAUAGGUUAAUAUACACCUCUUUGUUACCUUUUAUACAGUCAUUAGGUCAUUAUAAAUGUUGGCAUUGCACAGUGCAUAACCCAUUUCUUUUUUUUAUUUCCACAGCACAGAUAGAAGUUAUCCCGUGUAAAAUAUGUGGGGACAAGUCAUCGGGUAUUCAUUAUGGAGUGAUUACCUGUGAGGGGUGUAAGGUAAGCUUUCUCAUUUAAAACCAAUUAUAUAAGAUCUGACUGCUUAUUUUGUCACAAUGAUGAUUCAGGAUAUUCAGCGUUUAGUGAAUAACCUGAUUGUCUUGCCUUCUGCCCCAAUAGUCUCUCCCUCUGUUCCCCUCCCCCAUAGUGUCAAUGCAGAUUGUGUGUAAUAUGUGUGCGCGGCAGACUGUGUGUGUGUUGACUGUGUGUAAUGUGUGUAUUGACUGUGUGUACUUGUUGUGUGUGGUACGUGUUUAUUGUGAUUGAUGUGUGCAGGUUGUGUGUAGUGUCUGUUAGCUGUGCGUAAUGUGAGUGUUGUGUGUAUAAUGUUUAUUGUGUUGUCUGUGUUUUGUCCCCAUCCUCAGUAGAUUUCUGCAAGGAGGGGGCUAUAAUUCCUUGUGGUCUAGCAAGGAGUUAAAUUUCCUGGAAAUCACGUGGGGACCAUGUGGCCUCAACAUAAAUGAUUUUUUUUUAGAAAAAGACUGCUGGAUGUGUGUGAUGUGACAUCAUAUAUUCAUGCAGCCUCUUCAGUAUGACCUGCUUAGCAUACACCUUAAAAUUUAUUUAAAAGAUACUUGUCAUGGUAGAUGCAACUUAUUUUUAAAAAGCAUAACAUUCUAUCUAUACGUCGUGAUAAGAGAUUUGCUAGCAAAUGUAUAGAUUCGGAGAAAAAUAUAUUUGCAAAUAGGUGUUUCUUUUAUCAAUCAAUAAGUUCUUCAGCAUAGAUUCAUAUGUCGAAGGACUGAGUGACAGGGAAAUCAGAAGAGGCUUCCCACAGGCAGAGCUGGGUUACCCUAUAGGAAACUAAGGCCUGGGUAUAGACAGAGGACUCAUGAGCCCCUGUCUCGGACUGGAGUUCUGGGUGUGAUAAGUCCCUCGUCAAACCAGCAGGGAGAUCAAAAGCACACAUUUUAAUAUAACGCAUGAAGUUACAUAUAGCCAGAUAGCAAUAAAGACUAUUUUAUGUUAAAAACAAGAAAAUAUUUUCCGUUUUAAUGAACUGGGCAGUCUUGGAAGCAUGUCAUUAUUUUCUCUCCAAUUUUUGAUCUGACAGGCUGUUUCUUCAGUCGGUGUUUUGCAUUAAAUAUAUUACGCAUUAAUUAAAUAUUAUUAUACUAUAAUCAUGAAACCAGUGAUGAUGCCAAACUAAACUUAAAAAAAGUAUUUAUCAGUCAAGUAAUACUUUUACAGAAGUAAAAUUGUUUUGUGAGUAUUGCUGACUGGUUUUAUACAGUUCCUCCAUGUGACAUCCUGAUUUAGCACGAUCACAAUCACCCGACGGUUUGCCUCGGGCCUCUGAAAAAAAGAGGGGGAGUUCGAGCUCAUAACCCAGCCUGAGCAGCACUUUUGAAACUGUUCAAAGUUUCAGGGCAUUCUAACCCAUACGGAAUGGUUUGUCUGUCAGCCUGGUGUUCUAGCCGGUUCUGAUGAUACACCUCCAUUAUGGUUAAUCACAUAGUCUGUGCCAUCAGCAGCGUCAAGCUAAAACAGGGCACAAGAAAAUAUUGAGAACAGACAACAACUCAAAUACAGACAUAAACAGCCAUGUUACAGUGCUGCCACCCACCUCAUGUGUGACAUAUUAAGGGUUAAAAAGUGUUUAUAAAAAUACCACUUUCUGUCUCAUUAGAGAUUUUGCCUUUUAGCUCAGAGAAGCAAGGUGAAUUUUUAGUGUAGAGGUUUUGCCUUGACGUGGCACGUGAGCUUACACUUUAAUGCCAUUAGAGUAAUAUAAAAAAAAACCCAGUCAUUUAAAUGUACAUAGUGAUUGGGGUUUUCUUUUUUUUAUUCUAACAACUCAAAUUGCUUGCCCUUCAGUGGGUCCCGGCUCAGUUCUCAAGCUGUUAAGGCAUCCAUUCACUGGUCAGGGAUAGAACCACGAUGACUCAUGAAAUAAGCAGGUCAUUGAGGCUGGCGGCUGAGCUUCUCCCCUUGAUUUUACCUUGUCUUUUUUGAUAUUCAAGCCUCCAAACUUUAUCACCCGUUGAGAGACUUUUUCACCUUGUUAUAACCUUAUGGGAGUUUUUUUUUUAAGAUUAAGUGGGUUGAUAGUGUACCCUUUAUGUUACUUCAUGUACUGCUUUGUGUAGACACAGUUUUGCAUAAAUAUCAUAGUGCUACCCAUCCCUCCAAACUUCUUUAUGUUUGCGAAGCUCUAUCUUUCUUCGUGUGCUAGCCACAAGCCACCCAACAGAAAUUCAGCAUUAUCAAAAUGCCAACCAAACCCCUUAACUCUCAAGGCUGUUUCUCAUAUGCUACCCACAAACUACCUGGCAGGGUUAUAAUAGUAUCAAAGAAAUUCUACACCAACCAGACUCCUUAAACCUGUGAAUGCCCUCAAGUCUCCUUAUGUCUGUGAGAUUAUUCUCCAAAGAACUUUUAGGUCACUGCUACCUUUGAUUCUAGAAUCACAACAAUAUUACAAAUACAACAGGAUAAAACAAUCAACAAAGGCUUUAAAACCAGGUCACAACGAACUGGAUUUACCUGCUCCCUUCUGCACUGCACCUCUUAGACACUCAACAAAUUACACUAGUGCAAUGUUAUAAUGGUAUGGCUUACCUUUCAGAUGACCAGCCAAGUUGAGUACCCAAGGGCCAAGCAGGUCUGAUCCCAGACUAAGAUCCUCCAACUGUUAGCAUAAAAAAAACAAAGGCCAACAGAUUCUAUGCAAAUCAUUUAUUGAUCAUCACAGCAACUGUGAUCAGCGGUGAGAAUUUAGAAAGUAGAAUCUGUCUUAAAGUCAAUUUUAGCAACUGUUAAAACCCAUAAAGGACAAACAUUGACUAUAAAGCAUUUUCUGAAAUGUAAAAGUUACAAAAUACCUUUUUAAUAAAUACAAAUGUACACAGAAAGCAAAAAUGUAAUAAACAAAAUGUAGAUAUGUAACUCCUUCCUAUGUGUUCUGGGCUUGUACCACCUGGCAACUCCCUCCGCUCCUGGUAUUGUGGCUCAAUACACAACACACAUCACAAUCACCUACUCUGUCACUUCUUGUUUCAAGCGUGCUCUCCUUCCCCUUCCAACUAAUCCUUAGUUAUAGAAAAAAUUUAAGUUGCAACCAUUUUCCAGCAAAGUCUUUGAGUAAACAAGUAUCUGAAGAAGAAAAACCUGUUUAUAUGUUAUGGAGUAGGUCAUCAGCCGAUUCCAUAUCAUCAACCUCUUGAAGAUGUCAAGUUGUAGUAAUUUUGUAAAUAAUGGAAUACUGCGAAAAUGUAGUACAGUGUUAAAAAAAUAUAUUUCAAAAGAAAAUUGUGGACAGAAUAUGCUGUAUAGUUAAAGGUUGACUCCCAUGUCAAUGCUGUUUCUGAAGGCCUGCUGGUUCAUAUGAGAAGAGAUGGCAAAUAUUGUUGCAUUGAUCUAUAAUAAAGAUUCAAGCUACCAUAACGUUCCCAACGUAAAAUUGUUCCCCCACAAUUAAUUAUCCACAGAUGGGAUAUCAUUCUCAGAUUUGUGUAUAAUUAAUAUUUUAUUCUUAACAUUAUUUCCCCCCUAUAACUUUCACUUUUCCCUUUUUUUCUGUUAUCCUUACUAAGUUUGUUAAAAAAAAGUUUUAUUCAUGUUAUGUAAUUUGAUGUCAUGUUUAAAAAUUUGCAAAACAUUAAAUAAAAGAAUUUAAAAAAAAUAUUUUGCUGAUCAUAUUUAAGUACUCACGUCUCACUCUCACAGAACAAAUACCAGGCUUCAGUCCUUAGAAAACACAACACACUAAGCAUUGACAUCUGACUCUUUGCUCCCCCUCCCACUGUAUUCUGUGUUUUCUGACCUUAUGUAUCACCGUUGGCUGAUUUUUCAGGGUUUUUUCCGGAGGAGCCAGCAAAACAACGCAAGUUACUCCUGUUCUCGCCAGCGCAACUGUCUGAUCGAUCGGACCAACCGCAAUCGUUGUCAGCACUGCCGACUUCAAAAGUGCCUUGAACUUGGCAUGUCCCGAGAUGGUGGGUACCCGCUUACUCACAGGUAGCUCUUGGGCAUAGUCAUUGUCGUACGUGUAUUAUAUAUAUGAAUUGCUGUAGACACAAACAGGGUUUAUACACUAAAGUGAGAAUUGCUGUGAAAUCAAAGUGAAUUUCAGAUUUAAAGCCAAAGAAGGUAAACUGAAAAAAUGAUCCAUGUCAGCUAGGUUUCCAGUCUGGCUGUUUUGGCCUUAAAGGAACACUAUAGCAUUAGGAAUACUAAUAUAUAUUCCUAACGCUAUAGUGCCCCAGUCAUCAGGCCCUGCUGCAAGGGUUAAAAAAGGUAGUUUAUUUACCUUUUGUCUCUCACAUAGAAGACGCUCCGACUUUUUGGCUGAAAUCAUCGAUGAUCUCAGCCAAUCCCCUGCUUUCUCAUAGAAAUACUCCAUUAUUUUGUGGAAGCGACUCUAAUGGCUGUCAGUACAACAGCAAUGUUUUUAGCCGCAGGGUAAAAUGGUGGGAACACAGAGCACACAGACCACUUCAUUAAGAUGAAGUGUUCUGGGUGCCUAUAGUGUUCCUUUAAAUUUGAAAUUAAUUUAGAAUUUCCAAGAAUUCUCACUUUAUGGAAUAACCCAGUAAGUGUUUACAUGGCACAUGACAGCGUUGUCAUUCUGUGAAUGACCCACGUUAAUUAUGAGUAAGUACUAAUUUACACUUGCCAGCUGUGCAUCUAAUUGAAUGGGUUGAGGGGGUGGUGGGGUUCCCACUUCUCAUUUCCAAUGCACUCUCCGUGUGUAAUACUGCAUUCAGUGUGCUCUCAAAUUCUCCUCUGUCCUGACAAGUACUUAUCUUGCAGAAAUCCUCAGAAUUUACUCUACCUGGCCAAUUUCCAUGAAUGAAUGUAACAUAUAUAAAAAAUGUUUGAGCAAAAUAAACACUGACAACUGUGUAGGCAAAGCAGAACUAUGAUGCGUACCAAUUAAAGGGACGCAAGAGUCACCAAAUCAACUUUUGCUUAAUGAAGUAGGUUUUAUGCUCAGUUCUCUGCCAUUUAGGACAUAAUUUACUUUGUUUAUGCAACCCUAGUCACAUCUCCCUGCAUGUGACUUACACAGUCUUCAUAAACACUUCCUGUAAAGAGUCAUCUAAAGUUUGCACUUCCUUUAUUGCAAAUUCUGUUUAACUUAGCAUUUCUUAUCUCCUGCUCUGUUAAUAGCUUGAUAUACCCUGCAGGAGCCUCAUGAAAGCAAUUAAAGUUAAAUUUACAGAGCAGGAGAUAAGGUACAGCUGAUUGAAAAUUAAUCAAUUUUUGUUUCAUGCAGGCUGUUUCAGUCACAGCCAGGGGAGGUGUGGCUAAGCAUGCAUAAAUAGAAACAAAAGUGAUUUAACUCCUAAAUGGCAUUGAAAUGAACAGUGAAACUUCAGAAGCAUGAUAUAUACAACAAAACUGCUUCACUGACCUGAAGUUGUUUUGGUGACUAUAGUGUCCCCUUAAAUAGUCCUCACCUGUCGCCAAUCAAAUCAGAGUGCCAUCACCACAUCACAAAUGACAAAAGAAAGGUUUAGGAACUCAAAAAUAGCUAAGUAACAUUGAGACACUUUAAUCCAAAUCACAGAGGGCUAUCUGUCAAGCUAAAUGCACCAGUGAACACAUUGAACCUUUGUAAGUGCACCGAACAGGAAGUUUGGCAACUGGUGAAGAGCAACCAAUUACAUGUCAUAACAAAUUACAUAAAUUCACAUCUAAAUACCAUUUACAGUGGUGUAUUGGCUUUGACAAAGGUACAUUUUAGGCCAAAAUGUUGCAACUCCGUGGUUUGGAGUAAUGAGUUAAUUAACUAUUUUUGACACUCAUGUAACCCGUUGUUUGCACUUUGCAGCCUCAACAGGGGACCCUUCAUCCUAGAAUAAUGACAGUCAAUAAAGGACAAAGACCUUAUCAUGAUUGAGCUUGACAGUGUCCCCAUGCAAAAAGUGAGGUUGAGGCAGAAAUGGUUUGUUAAUUAGUGUGAAGAAAGAAAUUGACUGGCAUGCACUGUUCUGAUUUCACCACUUUAAGUUGAAAUUGAAUGCUGACUGAGCACAAUACAUAAAUGCUCAGCAUCACUGCUCAGCCUAUAAUUUUGUGGCCGAAUGAAAGCAAAUCUCCAGAACAAUUCCCCAAUAUCUAGCUAAAUGCCUUCAAUUAGAAUGGCUAACAAGUGACAUAUUCUUAUUAAUGCGAAAUGUUUAGGCAGAUGUUUUUGAAAUCUUAGUGUUCAUGCUUACAUUUUAUCAGGCUCAGAAUUGACACACCAUUAAAGGCUUUACUGUUGCCUAGCCAUGUUUAAGCUAACAUACACUAAUCAGCCACAGCAUUUAAACCACUGCCAGGUGAAGUGUUUAACAUUGAUUAUAUUGUUACAAUAGCACCUGUCAAGAAGUUGGAUAUAUUAGGCAGCAAGUGAACAGUCAGUUCUUGAAUUUCAUGUGUUGGAAGCAGGGAAAAUGGUAAAACGAAAAGAUCUAAGUGUUCUUAGCAAGGGCCAAAUAGUGAUGGCUAGAUGACUGGGUCAGAGCAUCUCCAAAACAGAAAGUCUUGUGGGGUGUGUCUGGUAUGCAGUGGUUAGUACCUACCAAAAGUGGUGCAAGGAAGCACAACCGGUGUACCAGCAUCAGGGUCAUGGACGUCAAAGGCUCAUUGAUGCACGUGGGGAGUGAAGGCUAGCCCUUCUGGUCCGAUCACACAGAAGAGCUACUGUAGCUAAAAUGGCUGAAAAACUUAAUGCUGGCCAUGAUAAAAUCGUUCAUUGCAGUUUGCUUCAUAUGGGGCUACAUAGCUGAAGACUAGUCAGCAUGCCAAUUAUGAUCCCCAUUUACUGCGAAAAUGCCUUCAUUGGUGAUGUGAACAUCAGAACUGGACCAUGGCGCAAUGGAAGAGGUUGCGUGGUCUGAUGAAUCAUGUUUUCUUUUAGAUCAGGUUGAUUGCCGUGUCCGUGUGCAUCAUUUACCUGAUGAGAGAUUGCAGCAGGAUGCAUUAUGGGAUGAAGGCAGGCCGAUGGAGGCAGUGUUUUGCUCUGGGCAAUGUUUUGCUGGGAAUCCUUGGGUCCUGGCAUUCAUGUGGAUAUUACUUUUACACGUACCACCUACCUAGAGCAGAUCAUGUACAUUCAUUCAUGGUAAUGGUGUACACUGAUGGCAGUGGCCUCUUUCAGCAGGAUAAUGAACCCUGUAAAACUUUCUCAGGAAUUAUUUUAGGAACAUGAAAAAGAGUUCAAGGUGUUGCCUUGGCCUCGAAAUUCACCAGAUCUCAAUCCAAUUGAGCAUCUGUGGGACAUGCUGUAACCACAAAUCUGAUCCAUGGAGGCCCCACCUCACAGCUUGCAGUACUUAAAUGAUCUACUACCAAUGUCUUGGUGCCCGAUAUGGCAGGACAUGUCAGAGGUCUUUUAGAGUCGAUGCCUCGAUUUAUCAGAGCUGUUUUGGCAGCACAAUGUUAGGCAUGUGGUUUUAAUGUUGUGGCUGAUCAAUGUAUGUGUAGUCAGUGGAGAAUUGGUUGUAGCGGCUUUUUUGCUCAUGUUGGGAUUUGUUCUUCUUAAACUACCAGGAAACAUUUAACAGCAGAUAAGUUGAUGAGAUAGGAAAAAUGUGAUAAAAUAAUGUAGAGGAUAUGGGUUUAGAGCUGACUGUAAUAAAAUUGGUAGGAAAGUUGUAGAAAAGAGAAAAGUAUUGGGCUUAGCUCUGUUGAGGACUCAAGAUAAAUUAAGAGUGAGUUAACAGAAAAAACUUACUGGCACUUCAUAAACUAAUACUUAUGCAUACAAUGUGCUAUAAAUCUCUUUCUCUCCUCAGCGGUGAAGUUUGGUCGAAUGUCUAAGAAGCAAAGGGACAUCUUGUAUGCUGAAGUCCAGAAGCACCAACAGAGCCAGGAGCAAGUGCUAGGCAGUGAGGGGGCAGAUACCAUCUCCCGGGGCUAUCCUACUAGUGUUAGCAGUGGUCUGUCUGACCUAGAUGAUCUCAGUGGUUUGUCUGAUGGCCUCCUCUUUGAAUUCCCCCUCACUCCAGAUGGGGGUAGCUCCUACUACAGCCUGGAGCUUCCACUUUCAACACAGCCCUCUCCAGACCCAUGUAAUGGGGCUACAACAGACCCCCUCCCUGGCAACUGCCCUCAUGAACUCGGAGAAGAUCAGCGGUUGCUAGACAUCAGCCCUGCAGACAUAGGUAGGUACCUACAGAGAUGUUUAAAACACCUAGCAUUUUCACAGCAUCCUGAAUGAUCCCCAGUAGAAGGUAUUUAGGUAAGGUUUAUGUGGGUCAAAUAUUAGAUGUUUAUGAGCCUGUAGGACUUCUUUUUAAAAGCUUUAAAUGAAGAUGUUCUGGAGUUAAAAACCCAGCUGUAGAUCUAUAGAUAAGAGUCAUAAUUGUGAGUGGUACUGUUAAGCCCAAGAAAACUUCACAACUAAUUUCCUGAGAGAACCAAGCAAACAUUUCAGAAUAGCUAUUUCAGGUUUAGUGGAAGCAUGAAUGAAUUUAAAAAAAGCACAGAUGAAUUUAAAAAAAAGAAAGAAACAAAAAAAAAACAGGGUGAAUUAAUAAGAGGAACAGAUGUGAAACUGUGGAGAAGAAAUAUUCUUUACUUUUAAUAUUGUAGACAAACUGAAAUUAGGGAGAAGUAAAUCUGACUGAAUUAUUCCAGGUUCAGAAAUUUUUUUGGUUGUCUCUUGUCUACAGAACAUGUCUCGCAGAACAUCAUACGUUCUCACCUAGAUACUUGUCAGUUCACGAGUGAUGAGCUAAGCAGGAUGACCUGGAACAUUCACUCACAGGAGGACGUGCGCAGUUUGCAGAACAAGGUAAAACUGUAACUUUCGAUAUAUUAAACAUUAACAAAAUAACUCCACUAGACAAAAGUAAACUCUCCAACAAAACAGCAGGCAUUGAAUGCACCUGUCUAUACACUGUGCGAUAACCAUACACUCUUCAUCUUUUUAUGAUUUUAAUGGUAAUUUAGGAGGACAUUUUUUUUAAAUAUAUCCCAUCAAUCACAUCUAAUAAAGGAUUUAACCCUGAUGACCCAAAGUUAAGCAAAUUACUUGUAAUGCUGAUAUUUAUUUUACCUGACCAGCUCUGGUGACUUUUUAGUUGUAAUAAGAGACACCUACCUUAUUUUUUCUCCUUAGACAUGUGAGACGAUGUGGCAGCUCUGUGCCAUCCACAUCUCUAAUGCUAUCCAGUACGUGGUGGAGUUCGCCAAAAGGCUGGAUGGUUUCAUGGAACUUUGCCAGAAUGACCAGAUCGUGCUGCUUAAAGCGGGUAAGAACAUGCAACAAAUAAACUUAAAAUACCAGGGCGGUGGAGAAGGGCGGCACAGCUCCUACCAUGGAAUAAAAGUGCAUUAGAUGAGAAGAGAGAAAAUAUUCUGUUAUAAUAGAUCAUGGGUAUGAAAAUGGCCUUGAAUUGGAGAUUGUAGAGCAGCAGAUGUAAAGCCAAACGUCUGCAUUCUAGCACUAGAACACAGGGUGAAAUGUAUUAAUACAAGGGAUGAUGAAUAUUGUUGAGCACUUAGGACACCAGCUGAGAGUGUGGACAGCCAGUCACUUUAAGUGUGUACAGUCAAGUGGAACAACAGACUAAUAAAGUUGUAUUAUUAAAAGUUUUAUUAUUAAUAAAGUCGACCUUACGACCCGGAAGUCCUUCUAAUGGCUGUCUGGUAGACAGACACUAGAGGUGGAGUUAACCCAUAAAGGUAAUUAUUGCAGUAAUUAAAAACUGCAAUAAUUACCUUUCCAUGGUUAAGGGACCUGGGAAUAUGCACCCAGACCACUUCAAUGAGCUGAAGUGGUCUGGGUGCCUAUAGUGUCCCUUUAAUAAACGGAAUUAAUAAUAAAGUUUUUAUCUUUUUCUCCUAAAAGUUUACCUAUCUUCCCAUUAUCCUUUGUGUGGUGCAGUUUUAAUAGUUACUAAGAGUGCAGCGAUAUGGCAGUAAUGUAUUUGGAAUCCUCUGCCACAAGUUGGCAAGCAAUAUUUAAGGUCUGACAUCUUGGAUCCCGGCAGCCUGCGCUCUCUGCAUCACGAGGAGCGACUGGCUGCCAUUGGCCCAUGAACCACCGACCGUUACUUGUAACCCCUGCACACCACGGCUGGCCCCAGCUACUGCUUAAUAACAGUCCCGGUCACUUCUCUGAUAGAGAAGAAAGUACUGCAGUGUGAAAUCACAAAAUGUAAUGGAUCUUGCAGUCUGGGUUUAUAAAUCUUCAUUUUGAUUUCAGCUGAAAUCAUAUCAAACAUAAUUCUGCAAUUCAGAUGUUCGGUUUCUAAUGUUUCUUCAUGUUUUUUGACAAUCACUCUAAAAUCUGGCUUCCUCCUUUUUCCCCUUCUUUUUUUAAUUUUUUUUAUUUUAUUUCUAUCAAACCCAUCUACGACCCCUCCCCUAAAAAAACGGAAUAUGAAUCCUAUUCCAAAUCGUGGUCCUUGAUUCUUACAUCCUACCUAACAUACUAUAUGCCACGUACAUCUUAUUUCUUUUAUUCGGUCUGUGGGUGAGAGCUUAAUUUCUUGGGAUUAUAAUUAAACAUUUCAUUUUAAAUUGGGUGGGAUUUUUUGUUUUCAUUUCAUUGUAUUGAGCUUUAAAUUCCCCUUCCCAUUUCCUUAAUGUUUGGUUUAUUAUUUUUUUUCCUGGGAUGCUGGGAACACCCCCCUCUCCACACCCCUCUGGCUCUUUAUGUGUCUCUGCAUUAGGGUGCCUGGAAGUCCUGCUUAUUAGGAUGACCCGAAUAUUUAAUCCUUUAAACAACACCGUCUUUUUUGAAGGAAAAUUUGGCGGAAUCCAGAUGUUUCGCUCUCUUGGUAAGUAACGUAUUUGGGCAUUGUUACUAUGGCAUCAAUUAAACAAAUGAAAGAAAGUUAGAGGAAGUGCAUAAAAAUUUUUAAAAAAAUGUAAAGAAAAAUUGUUUAAUAAACCAUAUGUUUAGCUGUGCAUGAAAUCUGGCAAUAUUGAUCAUAUUUUUCAGGUUUUAUUUUGUUUUGAAUUGAACUGAUCAAAUAUUUUGUUGCUAUUUUGUUAUCCCUUUAGUGUUUUUUUCCCUCCAAUUAUUAUUUAUUAUUAUUAUAUUUUAUUUUUUCCCUAAGGAUGUGAUGAUCUGGUAGCCGCCAUCUUUGACCUGGGUCGGACACUGUGCCGCUUGGAUCUGUCAGACGAAGUAAUUGCUCUAUUCAGUGCAGCAGUUCUUAUGUCCCCAGGUACUAAUAACUGGGACUUCUUAAAAAAAACAAAAAAACAAGCCUUUACCACGGGCAUUCUGGGGGGAAGGAGAGGCAGUGUGUCUAUGAACUUCUUCACACUGGCUCAUGAACGCCACAAUGACAAUUCAUGGAAUCUGGACCUGCCCCUGGUCCACUGCAAAUGUUAUGUGGACCUGACUGCAUUUGUUUUUUUAUUUUUCUGAACAAUUUGAAUGCCAGAUGCUUAAAGGAACACUAUAAUCAUUAAAACAACUUUAAAGAAACAGUUUUGGUGUAUAGAUUUGCCCCUGCAGUCUCACUGCCCAAUUCUCUGCCAUUUAGGAGUUAAAACACUUUGUUUAUACUGCUCUAGUCACACCUCUUUGCAUGUGACUUACAAAACCUUCCUAAACACUUCCUGUAAAGUGAGAUCUAAUGUUUGCACAUCCUUUAUUGCAAAUUCUGUUUAAUUUAGAAUUUAUUAUCUCCUCCUCUGUCAAUGACCUCCUAGACCAUGCAGACCUAGACCUCCUGUGUGUGAUUAAAGUACAAGUUACAGAGCAGGAGAUAAAAACUUCUAAAGCAAGUUGACCUGUAAUUAAAAAUGAAACAAUUUUUAAUGCAGGCUGUGUGAGUCACAGUCAGAGGAGGUGUGGCUAGGGCUACAUAAACACAAUAAAAAGUGAUUUAACUCCUAAAUGGCAGAGAAUUUAGCAGUUAAACUGCAGGGGCCUGUUCUUUACACUAAAACUGCUUCAUUAAGCUAAAGUUGCUUUAGUGAGUAUAGUGGCUCUUUAACUUUUUAUUUAAAUGUUACUUGAAAAAAGUCAGUUAUCCUAUAAACCCCCUUUUAGAGUAGGCUUUUUUAAAUCCAUACAAGAUUAAAUUUACAAUGCAGUUUGAUGUUGGUGUGUUGUAGAUAGCUAUCUGCAAGGCUUAAAAUUUAAAGUAUGUCCAAGACAUACUUGCUAGGAAUGAAUGUCUGCUCACCAGGGUGGGAUUAUCACUAGCCAAUGGCUGUUGGAGAGUGAAAUGUUUGCUAUAUAUCUAUUAGCAUAUUAACCAUUUGACAGCAAAAUUACAUGUGCCAACUCAAUGAUCAGAGUCAAAUAUAUUUAUUCACCAACUCUAACAUGUGCCUAGCUGACUUUAAGUAGGUUUUACAUCUGGUUUGUAAACCUGAGUUUAAUGAAACUGGUUAUAAAAUCAGUCCGCAGUAAACUUUUCUGGAUAGACCCAAUUUACGUUUAUAGAAAUAUAAGCAUUAUUGGCACCUAAGCAUAAGUUUCAUCUCUUGCUUAGAUCGCAGGUGGCUAACAGAAUCCAGCAAAGUGCAAAAGCUUCAAGACAGAAUAUUUUUGGCAUUGCAAAAGGAGAUUCAGAAGAGACAUUGCAAUGAGGAUCUUUUAUCCAAGGUAUGUUUCUUAAUACGCAAGAUCCCAUUUUACCUUAUCAUCAGACACUGUAAAAUAAGAAUACCAUAGAGUACUAGAAAGGGAAAUGUUAAACAUUGAAAUCGUUAUCACAUGUGGAACAAUUACUAUUUUAAUGAUAAAAAGAAUGUUUAAUGAAAUCAAACACAAUUUAAAGUUUUAAUCAAAGACAAUCUUUGUAUAUGUAAUAUGUGUUGUGUAUAUGACAAAACUAGUGAGUUACUUUUGCUUGAAACUUUCUGUGCUGCAAGAAAAAAAAAAAAAAAAUAUAUAUAUAUAAAACAAUGUGCCCACCAUAAGCCAAAAAAUACCCCAAAACAUUUCAGUAGUAUUUAAAUGUCAUAAAGGGGCAUAUAUAGCAAUGAUAAAUAUUAUAACCAUGUCUUAGAUUUCAUUUUAAAGGGAAACUAUAGUGCUCCCCUCCCCGUGGUGCAGAAGGGGUUAAACACCCCUUCUGCCACUUGCCUAAGUCCAGCACUGAUGUCCCUUGGCGCUAGCUCAGGGUCCAUCUUCGCUCCUCCCCUACCAAUGUCAGCCAGCAAUGGCCGCGCUCGCAUUAUAACAGUCCCUCGGGAAAACAUUAAACAAUGCUUUCCUAUGGGGUUUUGGGUGACGCUGGAUGUCCUCAUGCAUAGCGUGAAGACUUCCAGUGUCAGGCGACCAAAAGUCGCCUAACGACCCGGUAGUCCUCCUAGUGGCUGUCUGGUAGACAGCCACUAGAGGUGGAGUUAAUCCUUAAAGGUAUUUUAUUGCAGUUAUUAAAAACUGCAAUAAUUACCUUUUCAGGGUUAAGGGACCUUGGAGUAAACACCCAGACCACUUCAAUUAGCUGACGUUGCCUAUAGUGUCCCUUUAAUAAACUGAAUUAAUACCUCAGGAAUUACAAAAGCUAUAAGGUGUAGUGACCAUUUAGAAUUUUUUAAAAAAACGAAUAAUUUAAAAAAAUAAAUAAAUAAACAUUAAUUUUGAUAGAUUUGUUGAGCUAUAUAGUGAGCUGAAAUGUAUGAAAUAUAAAAGACAUAUGUCACAAGGUGUGGUUUAUUUUUCAUGACAGAUUCUAACAAAACAAAAAAAAAUUUGGUUCUCUAGGUAUGAAGUAAUAGCGUGGCUUAUGUUAUAACAGAUUGAUAACCUUAACUUCCCAAAUCAAUUGACUACGAUAAAUAAUGAGGGAGAUUUGUCAAAUGGUUCUAAAAAAGUGUAUUAUUGCGGGGGGGAUUGUAAAAUAUGUUCUAAUUUAUUAAAGUGCUUUAAAAGCAGUCUCAAAAUAAGUGUCGUCAUCAUUCUUUGUAUAUUCAGACAGCUUUUGUACCCUCACCACUUACGUACAUCUAACUAAGAAUACCAACAUUUCAGCUCCUUUCUAUCUUAAAUAAAAGGUUAUAGAAAAUAUAAUUUUGGGGGUCACAAAAUAAGUUGUAAUAAUAAUAAAAGGAAUGUGCUCUACAUUAAAAUCGUGUUUUCACUUUAAGUGAAGAUGGGUAAUUGGGGAGAUAGCCCCUUUUUUGGGGGCAUGCACUUAAUACCAAAAACCCUAGCACUGUGUAUUCUGAAGCAAAACAAAAAUAUAUAAUUUUUAUUGCAUAGUUUUAUUCUUGUGAAUGUCCAACGAUACUGCAUCUUCUUUUUACCGGUCAAUAAAUGCUGGUGGUUUGAUGGGAAUGGAAAAUUAAAUGUAAUAUUUAUACAAAAGUCACACAAAAUAAUUUUUUUUUAAAACUAUGGAAAAAAAUAAAGUAAUAAAAUGGGAAUCGAUCUUUCACAAAAACAUUCUGUGAUACUUUGAUACAUCUCCAUCAAUGUGUUGACCGAUCUGCUGUCCAGACAAAUGUAAACUCUCUUUGCCUGAUUUCUCAUUGUCAGAUGGUCUCCAAACUCCCCCAGAUGAAAACGAUCUGCAAUCUACACUUGGACAAGCUUGAAUUUUUCCGUCUCCUUCAUCCUCACAUAGUUGACACUUUCCCCCCUCUGUAUAAGGAGGUAUUCAGUUGUGAACUUCAAUAUACUGACCUCAGAGAAAGUUAAAGGAGCCUGGAGCUCGUCAAAAUGAAUUGUGAUGUUCUUGGGGGUUUUUUUCUUUGUUUUUUUUUGUAAAUCUCUCCUUUCCCCUUCGAGCAUCAACCACUGGAGAAGAGGCCGGGACAUAAGGAAGAAUGUGCUGAGGAUUUGUUUCCUAAAUGCUCUCUCAUAUUUCAGAUCAUUGGUGUAUGCCGUGGACAUAUCCCAUUAAUUAUCUAUUUGCUCUUCGGAAAGAUGCAAAGAAGGGAUUGGUUGGAAAGAGGUAUUGACUUUGCACAUCGGAAAUAUUGUCUGCAACUUCUUUUAAUAUGGAUACAUUUUAUCCACAAGAAUGACCACUUGCGUAUGCUCACAUUAAAGCUUCAAAUGGAAUCGUUAGUCAGAGUUGCCAUUUAUAUUGAUUCAGUAGUGUCAUCUCUAAAACACUUGAAGUAUUGACCAUUCGUGAAUGUACAAUACCCUGUUUGCUUUGUAUGUAAGAAGAGAAACUCUACGAGGAGCAUCUGAUGCUUCACGGGGGCUCUUUACCCAUAAUACACUACUGUUUGUUCCGAACAACCUACAAGUUGACAUUGCCAAGGUCUCAAACCAGAGGAUGAAAAGUAAGAUGAUUAUCGGAGCAUUUGUGUAAGUAGAUCAAAAUUGUUUAAAAUGUCUGUUCGAUAUUCUGUAUAAACAACCAAACUAUACAUAUUCUUCUGAAUACAUCCUCUGUUUAUAUACUUUAUACAUAUUGAUGACUGCAAACUCUAUUCUUGCAUAUUGUUUGUUCAGUAUGCUGUUAUUUUUGCAAUUAAAUCAAUUCUGUUCCUUUCUUCGCAUCCAAGACAGUGUAAGGGUUAGGUUAGCAUUGCAGUAGAGGUGUAUGUUUUUGUGCAGGUUUGAAAACCGUAUCAGAGUAUUAAAAUCGUGUUUUCACUUUAAGUGAAGAUGGGUAAUUGGGGAGAUCGUCCCUUUUUUGGGCAUGCACUUAAUACCAAAAACCCUAGCACUGUGUAUUCAGAAGCAAAACAAAAAUAUAUAUUUUUAUUGCAUAGUUUUAUUCUUGUGAAUGUCCAACGAUACUGCAUCUUCUUUUUACCUGUCAAUAAAUGCUGGUGGUUUGAUGGGAAUGAAAAAUUGAAUGUAAUAUUUAACAUGCUUCACUAAAGGCUUGAAUUUAUUUAUAUAUUGCAUCACGUGAAAAUACAGAUAGAAGGGACUGUUGGGAUAUUGAGUCUUUGUUACAGAACGGACUAACGCUAAAAUAGAAAGUUAGUGGCUUUUAGUGUAAAGGCUGCAUCAAUAGCAGAAUAUGCUCAAAUAUAAUAUUCCUUAACCUAUCCCCUACCUCCAGUGUUUAAAAGGACACUAUAGUCACCAGAACAACUACAGCUUAAUGUACUUAUUCUGGUGAGUAUAGCCUGUCCUGCAGGCCUUUUGCUGUAAACACUGUCUUUUCAGAGAACAGGUAGUGUUUAUAUUACAGCCUAGGGACACCUCUAGUCACCACUCCUACGAUGGCUAAUAGAGGUGAUUCCUCUACCGUUCAUCAUCUCCAUUCAAUCCAUCUCUAUGACUAGAUGCUGGUUGGCCAAGCCGGCGUUUGGCUCAGCCACAUCCCAAGUCUUUUCUCUGUACAGAGAUCUAGUAUGUGGUGGUAAGGAGGACGGGAAGGAAACAUGAGAAAUAUAUAUAUAUGUAUGCUCCCUCCAGCAGUAGAAUUCUCUUUAUCACUGGGCCUAUGCACACUGCACAUAUGAUAGCUCUGCCUCUGCCUUGUAUUUUCCUCUUGCAGACAUAGGUUUGUGAGCUGUAAGUAAAAUCUUAUUAAACAAAUAUUUUAUAUUCAUAAUCAUAUAUCGUAGACCAACCACAGGCUGACCAAGACACUGGUAGACAGAAGGGACCUAUGGAUUGUAUCCGUUCCAAUUACAAUUAUCUGCCAAAAGCCAAAUAAACAUGAAGGUGAAAAGUAAUGACUGUAUUUACUGUCUCCGAAUGUCCCUUAUCGUUACGGAUUAUGUAUAUUUUUGUAAGAAAAAUAAGUGAAAUCUUGUAAAAAAAAAUUAAAAAUAAAAAUAGAUUUGUGUCUUACAAAGGUGUAUACGAAUGUUUACAACUUGGGAAUGAAUAAUAGAUGUAUUAGAAUGUCCUAUUAUGCUUUACUGUUUUGAUAUUUUAGUUACUGCUUCAUGUGUAUGUAAUUAAUAUUCAUCAUAGGAUCAUUUGAGGUUCUAAUUUAAUAAAACGCAAGUGUUUAAGAAAAA